ACGGCGCCGCGACCGCACGGCCAUCAGCGAAUAUCCCGCCGCCGAAAGGUACGUGUGUUCCGCUUUGAUACCCGCGCGUCCCGGACCCGUCGCGUUGUUUCGCGAUUUUUUUUUCAUUUUUUCAUUUUUAUUAUUGUUAUUAUUAUCGUUUUACCGGUUGUCGCGCACGUUGUAGGCGUAACAGUUGUACAGGACCGCGUGAAUCGAAUACCGACCGCCAUGUAUAUAAUAUGUUUUUGUGAGGGCGCCUUCCACCCCUCCCCCGUAUAUUUAUAUAUAGUCAUCGAGGUUGGUUUCGGUUUUUUUUAUUUUUUUUUCCGCCCCGACCCCGUCAACGAAACGGGGUCGACGGUUAGGUUAAGGUUCGCGCGAACAAUGCAGAAAACACGUAUAUUUUAUAGCAUUUACAGCAUAACAUUAUAAGAGACCGGCGUAUUAACGCGGGCGUAUACGGCGACGGAUUUUCGACGUUCUCCCGCGAGGGGUCUCGGAAAUCCGUUCGUAACGAUAUUCCAAAGAUGUUUUUUAAUAAGCGUCCAUUUUCAGACGACAUUCCAUCGAAAUCGUAUCUGUGUCUAGGAGGGGGGAGGGAGAGGUGAACGGGUCGUAAAUCAGCCACUGCUGGUGUAAACCGAAAAGGGAUUUUGACAAUCGAAGCCAUCGUCCGGGUGCGUAAACGAACGUGCGAAAACGUGAAAUUCUAUCGCUGUGUGGCGCCGCCGUCAACAAUGUCAACUUUGCACGUUGCUGCACGUCUGUGGCCGGUCCCGCGAGAGUUCGCGGUCAUUUUCAGAGGGGUGUAAGGGAGAGGCGUAUGGGAGAGACGUGGACGACAAAGAAGAUAACAAAUUCGUUAUCCCCGGUCAAGUACCGUAACAAACGCGAUGGCACGCAUUAUUGUACAACACUGUCCGCCACAGUGUGCCGAAAUACACCGGAAUCCAUACUCGGUCGAAUCGGUUUCGUUCUUUCGUAAAAAUUCGUCAUUCGAGUAGAUCACGUCUUCUCGGUUUUGCGUGCGCUUUACGAUAGGCUUUGUACGGAUCCACCGUCUCGGUGUCUGUCGGGUGUUUUUUUCUUUCUGAAAACCGAAUUCACUAUAACUUUCAACGUUCGACAGUUUACCGGUUUCCUUUUCCGCUGCCCGUAAAAUUCGCUAUACUUGUAUCGAACGUACGUCAAUCAAAUACACGAAUCGAUACGGGAAUCCGCGGCGGAGUUUCUAAAACGUUAAAGCUAUGCGCGACACGGACGAGAGUGCCGUGUGUCGCGAUCUUAAUAGUUUGCCCGUCGCAGAAUAUCGUCGGCCGCGAUCGCAAUCGCGUUCGACACAAUAAAACAGUAUAAUGCGCCUACGGUCGUUCAUAAUAACAAUACUUAUGCGUUUCCAAUAGUGGUUUUAUAAUUUACAAUUAAAAACCGAACAAUUAUAUCAACGGCACUGUAACGGUUAAUAUCAUAAUAAGUUACCGGGGCGUUGGAAAGUACACUCGAAAGUAAAAGUAUGUAUGCGUUUGUUAAUUGUGUGUGAAUUCUGGGAUUGUGGUAACUGCAGGUAUAGUUCAGUUUACAUAGCUUUAUCGCAUAUGGUUGAAUUUUGAACAACAGCAUGAAAAAAAGCCCCGCUCAAUUGAUUUAUAAGGUGACGAGAAAUUUCGUUUAAAUAUUAUGAAAGUAUUUAAAAGUAUCUGUAAAUACUUUUUUUACCCAGUUUAUUUCAAAUACUUUUGAAAAUAGGUAUCAGUAUCUGUACUUGGACAUAAAGUAUCUUUUACAUGACCAGAAAGCCUCGGCCCAACUUUUUUUUUUAAAAAUUAAGUGUAGAACUGCUUCAUUUCGGGGGCUAAGUUCGGCUGCCAAACCGAACGAACACAGGAAUAAAAACCUAUGCUACCAAUAAUAUCGGAAAUAAAACGGGCUGUUUAUAGUUACUGGGCGGUUCUCUUGAAAUGUAUUUCACCCGACUACAUAUUUAGGACUCUGGCGCUAUUGCCUACACGCGUAUGAAUUUAAGAUAUGAAGCUAAUAACAGGGUAUUCCGUUUUAGAUUGCCGAUUAACUCACUAAGCCCGUUGUACAAAAAAAAACGUUCUAUAUUAUCCACCUUAAAAUACAUCGAAUAUCGGUAAUACGCGAAAAACAUUUAUACGAUUGAAUACUCGAUAAUCGGAUAACUGUUGUACGCGUGCGAAUAGAUUAUGGGUAGGUAUAGUUUGGUGCAAACUGCCGACGAGAUCGAUCGAAAAAUUAGAUAGGUACGGCAACCGACUCGGUAUCAAACAAAUAGGAUCGGGAACCAAUUCGGUAUCAGCCGCGGCCGUGCUAACACUGCGUCACGUUUAGCGCCUAAAACCGAAAACUGCGGCGCAUUCGGAGCCCUAGGGCAGUCGCCCCGUUUGUCCCUCUUCUUUCACCUUAGCACGGUCCGUUAUUUAAAACGGACACCCCCACCACCACCCCACCCCGUAACAGAAAUACCUGUACGUACUCGGUUUCCACUCGUCCUUGCAGUAAACAAUACAACAGGAACAAUAACGAUAUCGCGUGUAGCGCAACCUAUAACCUAACCACGUACUUCACCGACUGGCGUGACGUAAAUCCGGAUUAUCGGUUAAUCCGAAAAACGCGGAUUUAAAUAGUCCGAGUUUUUUUUUUUUUUCGUUACGGUUUUACCACGGUAAACGGCGAAGAGUUUUUUUCAAACAAAUAUUCGCGCGCCGAGAGAACCCCGGAUUUGCGAACUACGGAUUUUUCCCGCCGCACUAAUUUCGUAAGCUGCGCGAGGUCGCUGAUUGCGCGUGCCGACAUAAAAUUGUUGUCAUCGUAACCAUUAGUAUAAUAUAUUAUUAACCGUUUCGUAAUAAUAUAUUAUCGUGUCGCCCGUGCGCAGUCCGUUGGUGGAAAUCGCUGGGAGGGGGGGGGGUGAUCGAGGGAUUUAUGCCCGUUCAAAACUCAUAAAUAACGGAGAAACUAGUCCCCUCCAAAUUACCAAUUUAACCCCACAAUCACCACACCACCCACCCCCUCACAAUUUCCGCCAACGGUGAGCAUACGGUGUGGCAAUAUGCGCAUCGUCCGUUGAUAUUUUAAUAUCGACUGCACAGAUGAUAAUUAUUAUUUUCUCAGCGUGCGCCCGUCUGUACUGUAACAACGGCACGCGUCGGACGUAAACUGUCGAUUUUCGUUACCGCAUAUCCGUAAUAUUGUGUAGAAAACCGUCGCCGUUUUCGUAACGACAGCGAUAAUCGGGUCCAACGAGAGAGGAGGGUGGUCAGCCGGGGCUGCAGCCCUAUAGUCCGACCAAAGUAACCGGGUCCUAUAUUUUUCCCAAUGUUCACAAUAUUAAUACGAAAAUUGUUUGUGUUUUUGAUUUCACUUUGAUAAACGAAUAUACUGCACAAUAUUAUAUCGAAAAUCGAAUGUUGGCAAUAUAAUAAUUACUUUGUACCGUAAUACGCGGUGUGUUGGUCACAAUACGGUUUUUUCGCUUUUGAAUACAUUCAACCGUAAACGCUCUUACGCAUACGUCAUACGCAUUCUAAAGGAUUGGACGUUAGCGCGAAGAGUUUGAUAUUCGACAUUAUAUAUUUGAAGGGUUCGUCGGGGCCCUCGGUUUCUCCCCACGGUCCUCGCUAAUUAUCGCAUUGUUUUCAUUAUAUAUACUCACGGGCGUGCCUGACGGGGGUAAUACGAGCCACCUGCCCCCCUCCCCCCCGGACUUCGAAAUUUCAAAAUUAAUUAUAUUUCAAGUAUUUUUCGCUGUUUGCUUUUAUUAUGCUCCUCCCCUCCGAUAGAUGAUUUUCUGUUGGCGCCCGUGUACAUAAUAGAUACCUACUCUGCAUACUAUUAUGAUAAUAAUAUAUUAUAGGCGGUUAAUGGACGACAGAGGUGACGUAAAACUCGUAGGCUGCUUUCGUUAAAAGUUGUUUUAUCGUAGCUAUUAUACGUAGGUACGUGUAAAAAAAACAACAUAUUUAUGUAUAUAUAUAUAUGUGUAUUUUAUUCGUGUGACGUAAAAAUUUCGGUGAUUUUCGACCGGUAUAGGUAGGUUUUUUUUCCCUUCUAUAUAGGCUCGAAACGGGUGCGCCGCGAUGCAGUUUUUCGUAAACGCACAUACCUAUAUAGGCGCGCGCACGGUGAAUACCAUUAAUUGUGCAACUGUUACUUGUACAGGCUGAUAAUCGUUUUUCUGUCUGGCACGGUCGUUUCGCGUCGCCGCUAUAUUACCCGUUCCCCUCCGUAUACUGCAUCGUACCGAUAAUGUAGUGCGUUGUAUUAUGCCUAACCGUCGUAUUUUUUUAAUUUUUUUUUUUUUUCUUAAACGCGGUUUCGCUCGUGUGUAAUACGUAUUAGAGGCCGCCUAUUAGAUGGCACCCGACACGCGCAAACGGCGCCGGCAGCGGCCGCAGGUGUCACCGUCGUCGCCGCCGCCGUCAGCGCGGAGAGAAAACGACUUUUACGCGCGGAGAUCGUGUUAUCGACAGCCAAAUACACAAAACACGGUUGCGCACCGAUAAAAAAAAAAAAGAAAACCACGAACGCUGAAUUUUAGAAUAUUAUAUUAUCAUUACAAAAAUAAUAGCCGCGACCCAGUCAAACCGUUUAUAAUUUAUGAUAAUACGUCGUAGGCAUCGAAAUGUACAGUUGAAUCGAGCGUUUUAUACUAAACGGUCCAGGAAAAUCAUUUUUUUCUUCUUCUUCUACUUCUUCGCUGGCGUUGACGGCUCUAUUAGAGACUUUGUCGCUACUUCGCUCCGUUUUUCUCACGAUCCGCGAACAAAUUUCCUUCUAUGGUUGCAUUCCCAGAGCUUUAAGAUUCUGUUCUACGCCUAGCCACCUCUACUACUUCCUCGGACUGCCACGAGGUCUUUUACAUUCCGCGAUUGAUCUGUCGGUUUCUUCAUCGCUCAUUUUCAUAAUUAUAUCAAUUAUGGCCCGAUCGCUGCAUAAUUUGUCAUUUUAUGUAACUAUAGAGACUGGUGCUAAGCCCAGUUCUUAACUGGUUAAUUGUUUCGUUUAUUAUCCUCCAUAAUGUAUAUUUUCAAAAGACCUACAUCGUCUUAUUGUCACAGUUUUCGAUGUCCGUACUUUAUAUCCAUAUAAGUGAGAGUAGGUCUAAUUAUUGCCGUGUGCGUUCUGGUUUUUUUUCCUUAGAUAGACGUUUGGAUUUGAGGAAUUUGGACAGUGCAAAAGUAACUCUUCCUGCCUUUGCUAUCCUCACAUUAACCUCACGUGACCAUUCGUUUUUUGUACUGACCAGUAUUCCUAAGUAUUGACAUUUUUUAAUUUGUUCAAAAGCUAUUAUUAGCUUUUGUAGCUAUUAGUUUUGGUAUGGUUCUCCGUCGAGAGGCUCUAUUAUUUUUGUGUGUUCUACAUUAGUUCGUAAUCCAACUUUUUCUGUGGCCCUUUCGAGAGCCGUGGUUAAAUCUAAAGCAACCAGCCGUGAUUCAUUAGGGAUAUUCAGAUCAUCCACUUAACCUAGAAUCUUCACUCGGUGAUCAUUGACCGUUAUCCUACUUGUUUCAAUUUGCAUCAUUCUCACUGUUUUGUCUAACGCUAAAUUAAACAGAAGCGAGUAUAGUGCUUCAUCUUGUUUUGAGCCGGUUUAUUCUGUGAAAGCCUCAGAUAAUGUGCUGUCAACCCUUACCUGGUAUUUAGUUCCUUCCAUACACAUUUUGGUAAGUGUCACAAGCUUAUUAGAUAUUCAAAAUUCUUCCAUAAUAUUAUAGAGACUUUCUCUAUAUAUGCUAUCAUACGCUUUUCAUUAAGUCCACAAAUAUAUGCAAAAAAAGUUAACGGUAUUCAUAUUUUUUCUCAAAAAUUUAUCUGACUAUCGAGAGUUGUUUCACUAUUGACUUACCUUUGCGGAAACCGCAUAGCAAAUAAAGAAUCAAAUAAAUCAAAUAAUUAAAUUUAUAUACGAUUUUAUUAUACGCCUAAACAUUUAACUAAUGCCUAUAGACACUAACUAAAUGUUUAUUUCAAGCCGGACAAAUAAUACAAAUGAAACGUUGUUAUAUUGUUUUAAAAUUUAAACUAAACUUUUAUAUUAAAUUAUUCAACCCAACAGUGUAAAACUAUAAUUUCCAUAGGUUUUUACCUUUGAAAAAUUACAUACGUUGUUGUAUGAGAACCUACUAUCUAUAAAAUAUGAUUUCAAAUAACGAUUUGGAAGAUAGUAACGUACUCGAAGACACAUUUGUAUCCAUGCGUGAAGCUGUAGCAAGCUUAUCAAAUUUCAACGACUGAGGUUUUGUUAAAUGUCACCGUCAAACAGAAAAUUGACAAUGUUAAACCGGUAGAUAACGAAAAUGUAUAAUUUUAAUAAAACUUUAUAUUUGUAUUUUAUACUCGCACCAUCCCUAAUUUAUUAGUUACUAAUUAGUAACUACCUAUAUUUAUUUAUAAUUUAAAUUUAAAAACAAUAGUACCUAUAAGAACACGAAAUAAUAACAUUUCAUAUAUCUACGAAUUUUAAAUAUCAAUAAAUUAUACAUCAUUUUCAAUAGAUUAACAAUAAAUAAAUAAUCAGAAAAUAUAGUUUAAAAUAAUAUAAAAACGUUUAAUUUUUAUUAUUUGAAAUAGACAUUUAGUUAUGAAAUAUAGAAAUAGACGUAUAAUUAUUUGUAAAUACCGAUAUUCAGUUUCAUAUAGUAUAUUUAUGAAAAAAAAACAAAUUAUACUUUCAGUUUUGAAAAUUUUGAGCUCAAGGCACUGGAAACUUAAAAAUAUCGAACACAACGAAAGUUCAGUACGAGGAAUAAAAAAUUUGGAGAUAUGUUUUUCCCUUGACCUUUUUUCACUAUAUCCAUUAUUUAUAUGAUAAAUAUUUUUAAAUUAUUAAAUAAUUAUUAACCCACACCUAUAAUUAGGUAUUCGAUAUCAAUGAUAACUUUAUGAUAGAUUGAAUUAUAAAUCUCUUAAACAGCAAAAAUAUGUAUACCUUUUUUUUAGCCCAGGUACACGUUACACAAUUAUAUGAUACAGUUAUUAUCGAAUUCAAUUAUUUCUCACCUUGGCAAAGUCCUGAAUACGCCAAUACAAAAGUUAUUUGAAGCGUCAGAUAUUCGUGUUACACUCUGUACAUGGUUGGUUACGUAACAAAAACUCGUAAGUCGAUUUUAACAAAUUUUGCGAAACUGCUAUUAAGAAAACUGAUAAAACAAAAAAAAGGGCCUCUUCAAUGCGCCUAUACUAAAUAUCAAAAAUACUAAAAGAUUUCUGGUAGAAAAGUUUACAACAACAACAAAAGCAAACGAUUUGCGAGUGAUUUUGCUGGCUAGUCGAAAAUAAAUAUCUCCCAGAGAUUUCUUUCAUUAUUUUUAUUUUUUUGUUAAUAAUAGAACGGAAACGAACCGAAAACAAUAGAUAAAGUAAAGUUAAUUGUUUUCUUUAAGAUAACAUAGGCAACAAGGAAAUUCGAAAGCGGAAGUGCCAGAAACAUCGGUGUUGCCGUGAUAGGGUACAAGUAAAUUAACUAGCGGUGACCACCGACGUUUAGAUAAGAUGCAAUUAGACAUUACGUUUCGUGGAUUCCACGACAAACCUGCUUGUUUUCGGUAAUAUUGACAAUAAACGGCGGAAAUCUGAUCUCGGCGCGCCCGCAAUGUCUGUUGCUAGCUGUCGUGUUUGUUUCGCCGUUUAGUUAAACGGAUGGACUGAAUUUCUCUCUCAUUAAAAAAAAAAAAAAUAAACAAGAAAAGACAAAAAAGGUGGACGGCAUGAUUUUCGCCCAAAUAUGAUAAACUAGAGUUUUCUUUUUUCGUCCAAAUUAAAUGCAUACUUUUCGUCCGCUGUUUCACGUUCAACAGGAGUAAACAACGAAUGCAAUGUUAUAAACCCAUAAACCUAUAACUUGGUCAUUGGCGUAUAUGAUUUUAGUUUAUUUAUUUUUUUUAAAUCCGGUUUCGGUAUACGAUUGGUAAAAAUUGGUUUACCGCGAAUAUUGGCGGAAUUUAUCUACGAUUUUAAUUAAUUAAAAAUCAAUAAUAAAAUACGGCCCCUCGCGGUGCACUCUGGACAUCACUGAAUAGUUUUAUUGAAUUAGAUCGUAUGAAAAUACUUAAGAAGUAGUCACAAUAAAUGUAAAACAUGAAUGUUGAACGUGAAACCGCGGGCGAAAUGAGGAAACUAAUUGAUCAUAUUUGGACGAAAGGAACACGUUUGUUGAACGAGUAAAGGCGGACGAUUUUCAUGGGUGACAAUGGUUUAAUGCCUUCCCGCUUUCCUCAAUCUAUUAUACAUUUCAUUGUUUGUGACAAUAACAUCAAAGGGAAUUUCAACGACUAUUGGAGUUUUUCGUUGAUAGAUCCGACGCCGGACCUCGCGAAACCCGUCAUAAUCGCAAUCGGUUUUUUUUUUUUUUUAAUAAAACAUGACGCCACUUUUGCCUUUCGGUGGCAAGCGUAUUUCGGUGUUCACUGUCCAAUAAAAAUGUCUUGAGAGCAGCAAUGUUUGACUUUAUCUGAAUCUUUAUUAGCUGGCUCCAGCUGAAAGGGCGUAUGUUCAAAUUUUAAAAUUGAUUUAAGGUACACAAAAAUACUCGAGGUUAGGUUAAGUUGCGCUGGAAUAAAAAAACCAAAAACAAAUUUCGCGUUAAUAAUAAAUUGUAAAAUAUUAGACGAAUUUCUUCUGUGAUUUUAUAAAUGCUAUACAAUGCUAUUCAAAAUUGACAUAAUGUUUCUUUCUGCAUUUAGCGAUUGUAUUACAACUAGUAUUAGUUAAUAGUGUUUUUUUUUUUAACAUAUUUAAUGUUUUCGAAUAAUUACCUAAUUAAUAUAUAGGUUAUUGUUUUUUUAACAACAGAAAUAGAUAAUGAUUAUGAAAAUCGUUUCAUUGACUACAGUAUAAUAUUAUAAUACAUAGGUACUUGCGCAGAAUAUUACACAGUUGUUAUUUAUUUUUUUUCCUAACGAAUUUUUAAUAAAUAUAUAUAUUUACUGCAACUUUAUUAUGUAGGCACACUUAGUAAUUUUUUUUAUUUUCACUGUAUAAAUUACAAAUAUAUUAAGAGAAAAAAUUCCGAUCUUCAAGCGAUUAAAGAAUGUGGAUCGUGUUUCAUAUACACAUGUCUUUAUCACGCAUUUCUCUAAGUAUCUAUACUUAUAUAAUUGUAAUAAUAGAAAUGAAAAAAAAAAAAAAAUACCGAACAUUGAACUUUGUUCUACAAAUUGUUGUUCGGAUCAAAUGCGAUUCGUAAUCGCGAAAAUUGAGGGAAAAUAUCGGUCGUUAGCUAUUAUACUGCAUGCUGUCGUUCGGUAAACUGUGGCCGAAUCGAAAACGUCUGUGGACCAAAGGCCCGGCCGGCACCGAUAGGCACGGUACGACAUGCACGUAAAUGCCAGUCGAACGAUUCGGACAUUUCUACCAUGACCGUUUUUGUAUUUGACCAUCACGAUUGUACAUAUUAUAAUAACAUUACGUUCGAAACGCGAUAGGCAAUAAUUGUUACAAACACGAUUUCGAAUAAUAAUUGUUAAUUGACUAUUUAAAUAGUGGACCGUGCGAGAUGUAUAUUAUUACGUACGAUAAAUUAUGUCCAAUGCCCGAACAAUUAUAUACAGCUGGCGAUAAUUAUAAAAUAUAUAAUUUCAAAUGAUUAUAGGCGAGAGGUUUACACGAAACACUUAUUUUCACUCCUGUUAUAUAAUUUAAUAUUUUACCUUCCCAACUCACAAACCAUAGCCUACCAAGUACAGUUUGCUUCUAAUAAUAAUUGCCCGCCAAAGCGCAAUUUGAAAACAUUAUUAAAAUAAUUGACGUGCGCCGCGGAUAUCGCAUACAAAUAUAGAAUCUACACAGCGGGUAUGAUUAUCAGUGGCGGCUCGCAGUAUUUUCACUUUAAAUCACCGAUACAAUUUUCCACUCAGCCACCCAUCCCAAUCCAAAAAUACCUUCCACCCUACCACAAAUGUAUUGGAAUUUGUUAAAUAUCAAUUAAAUUUAUCGAAUUUCCGCAGUCUUAUAUUCUUUUAAUGACUUGUUUUGUAAAAACAUAAUAAUUUUUGUUUUAUUUCUGAACGCCUACGACCCAUCCAUGCGGUUUUUUUCCGAAUUGCCUAAUUCAAAUAUACCUUCUUCGAGCCGCUACUGAUAAUUAUUAUAUUGAUAUGAAAACGUUUUCCCGCGUUAUCGUUAUUUCCUCUCGUCGUUUCUGGUAUUUCACGGACAUUUUUGAUUCGGCUAUUAUCACCGGCGAGAUUCACUGCUGUAGUACCGGGUGAUUCAUUUAAGUGGAUAUACUCAUUAUCUCCGAAAGUAUUAGCUUUUUUCGGAAUUUGUUUUCUAAAACAUUUAAGAAACAACCAGCUUUACAAUGUCAUAUUUGUGUUAUUUUUUGUGACCCUUAUUUUUUUGGAGUAAAACCAGUACUUACUUUUGAUUUUAACUAAUACUCCAUCUAUUUAUGGAAUAUUUACUAUAAGUUGCCAUUUGAAAAUCAAAAAUAGGUAGUGGUUUUACUCCAAAAAAAUAAGGGUCACAAAAAAUAACAUUAAUAUAAAAUUGUAGAGCUGGUUGUUUCUUAAAUGUUCUAGAAAACAAAUUCCGAAAACAGUAAAUACUUUCCGAGAUAAUAAGUGCACCCACUUAAAUUAAUUACCUAGUAUACUAAUACUAUACGUCCUGAUUACUGUAUAGUUAUUAUGCAACAAAAAAAAAAAAAGUUGACCAUCGGAGUAUAUACAUCACUGUACGCACGUCAGUCUACGAGUAUAUAACAUUAUAUAAAUACAAUGUCAAACCCAUCGUGCAAUGCGAGUAUAAACCCAUUUAAUUGCCCAUUUCGAAACGUUAAAUAAUAAUGUUUUAAAAAAUUUAACAGUCGCAAUUGAAAGUAUUGUUUUUUUUUUUUUUUAUAUAUAUACAUUUCUACGUGUAUCGGUGUAUGCAAUUAUUACCGUGAUCACUGCCUCGCAUGUGCGUUGUACAAGUACAAUGAGUGUGACAUUAGUGAUGAAAAAUAGACCGCCGACCGAAAUCUCCAUAGAUUGAACAUUUAUUAAUUAUUGGCGCGAUCGGAGACGGGUUUACACGUGUUUUUCCCGAUUUCGUAAAAUUUGAAAAAAAAAAUUUUUUUUAUGGAUUUUUAUAAGGACCAUGUCAGGGCAAUAAAACUUUUUCGCUAGAAUCUAUAUCUAUUUUUACGGAUUAAUGUAUCAUGGUGCGUGUUUUAGACGAAAAGCCGAGCAAAACCGUAUAGAAAUACUGCGGCUGGCGAUUUCAAAUUUGAAACUCGAAUUUGAUUCUCCAGGUUCUUUGCCGUAGAUAUAGGCGAGACCGGGAAUGGGUGUCACAAAACUCAGUUCACAGGCAAAAAUACUAACCAUUGUUUACAUCAACUAAUACCAUACAUUCGUAUAUUGGUGUAUAUGACCACUAGUAUUCGUCACUACAUGAUAACGGCGCCUGAGAACUGAGCUUUGUGGCAACCAACUGUUCAACUAUGUAGGAUAACUAUAUUUUUAAAUUUAAAUUCUCUUUAGCGCGAAUAUAAGAUGCAAAAUACUUCACAAAGUACGUUUUUGACAAUCGUGUGAAAUUUCAUUUUUUUUUUGUUUUUGUUUAUUUUAUAGUACGGGUAGGAGACACGUUUUUAGUAUGUAUUUUGCUUAAAAACAUGCCUUACGGUGUAAAAUUUCACGCCGCGUACAGUGUUCCGAUUUCACGGUUAUUUUUUCUAUUAGACUGAGAAUUACGUCUUCUCACAAACCGCAUUGAACUACAAUUUUCGAUAUUUUCAUCUCAAGCUUUAAAAAAAAAAACAUUUACACUCUUUAAUCUGACAUCCACGUUAUUCUGUAUAAUAAAGGCGAAUUUCGGCUGAAGACAUUUUCAUCGAUUCCGGGGUCGGACGUUAUUAGGCUUAGACACUUCUAGCAUUUGCAUAUUUUUUUUGAAUUGUGUAAAAAGUAGCAGAGUCAAAUAGAAAUCCUGUUCAUGUUACAUAGAAUCUGAAUCCGAUAUUUUAUUGCGCAUAUUUUUGAAUAUUUUAAUGUUUUUUUUUCUGAUUAAAGCAUAUAUUAGCAGAACGCAGCUUCUAAUGAGCGCUAUAACCGUAUAGCGAUUAUUUAUGGUCGUUUAUUACAUUUUUUAAAGCAUAUUUGUACGAUUUUUAGAGUUUAAAGUCCCUGGGCCCAAUCAUCAUCAAUCGUUUGUUCGACACGGAAUACCGAUCGUUAUUAUUGGUGUUUCGUUCGGAUAUCGGUAACAUUGUUACCUGACCUAAUCCGACCCGACCGUGUUUUCCGCACUUUCGUUUUCGUAUCGGCGACGGCGUACAAUAUGUGUAUGUUGUUGUGUUGCGCGUAGAAAAAAGAAAACCACCCCCGUUCAAUCGGAAUCUGACGGGCGGAAGCCACGGAAAACGCGCGCGACGUCGUGUACAAUAACAGUGUCAACGGUCGGACCUCGUGGCAGCGGUAGGAAUCGGGGAUCGGGUAGGGGAACGGGGCUUUUGUAUGCCCUUUUGUAUGUCCCCUCUGACGUCCGACCGCCGCCACCGCCGCCGCCGCCGCCGCCGCUAUUGCGCCUCCGAUGUCGGUCGGAGAUUUCGCGGUCAGGCUCACCCGCGCAGCGCCGGCCGAAGGACGACCCUCCCCCCCGCCCCACCCCGCCCGUCCGUCCGUCCGUCCGUCGGUCGACGGCGGCGGCGAUAGUAAUAUAUUACUAUCGUAACGAGGAUAUUUAAAGAUAAAAAGAAAGAAAACGAACCGCGUAGAUACAAUAAUAAUAAUAAUACGAAAAAAUAAUACUGUCGUCGUAAUCGCGAUGAUGAUAAUUACAUUAUAAACGAGGUAUAUAAUAUUUAUUGUAUAAAUAACGGACGAGCUUAAUAGGCGGGCAUACGCGGCGCACGCACACGCUGUAUGCGUUACGGCCCAUUAUAUUACUAUCGUAUAUACGCGUGUUAAAUAAUCCGUAAUAACGACACAGGUAUAUUAUUAUUAUUAUGUAUACAAGUACGUGAAUAAUAAUAAUAAUAAUAUUAUACAGGUACAUAGGUAGGUAGGUCGGUAGGUAGGUAGGUAUAUACCGCGACGACGACGACUCCUCGGCCGUGGACGUGGCGGCGACCGGCGGCGGCCGCGCGGAGAGGUGUCCUCGGCGACGGGCCAAGGCGAAAUAAUAAUAUUAUUAUAAUAUUAUAUUAUCGUUAUUAUUAUUAUUAUUAUUAUUACGGAGUAGGUACGCGUAACGAUAAUAAUAAUAAUAAUAAUAAUAAUAACAUUGUAGAUAUACCGGGAUCGCGGUCGCGGUGUACGCCGGCCCGAAACCGUCACUGCGGUUGAACGGGCCGCCGCGCGCGCGCCGAUGCCCUCGCUCGUUCGUGUGCGUUCCCCGGGACGGACGGCCGAGUGAUUGUUGCCGCCGUCGCCGUCGUCGUAUUAAUAACAUUGUUAUUACAAUACUACAAUAUAACGAAAACGAAGAAAAAAAAAAAAAUUAUAAAAAAACACCGACGGACGACGUAAAAUAUAAGUAAAACGCAAAAGACGGAAUAAUAAUAAUAAUAAUGGGCGGGUAAAAAACAAAAAACAACAAUAUAAUAUAGUAAAUAAACAAAAAAAAAAAACUUCGUAAAAAGUCGUUUUCCGAUAUCGCGUGUAAUAACAAAAUAACAUAAUAACAAUUUCACUAUUAUAACACAACACCGUAUCGUAACGAAGGCGAACGGCCGUCACAAUAGCUCGCGGAUGUUUAUGUUUUUUUUUUUCUCGCAUGAUAUUAUAACAAUAACCCCGGGCCCUAUUGUAUCCUCGUAUUUAUUUACGAAACUAAAUUUGUUGUCCGGUCCGAUAUUUAGAUUUUGUCCACUCGAGUAUAAUCGUGCCUGCUAAUAAUUAUUGCAGUUUAUUUGUAUUUUAAGAGGACUUUAUAACCGGCACCUAUUGUCUCGCAGUCGAACUGCUGACAUGCAAAACCAACGCUUACGCGGAAUAAAACGUAAAACACGUAAACAUUUUGAUUUUAGAAUAAAAGUACCCAUUAUGAAAUUGAUAGAAAUUUGAUUGAUUCGGAGGGAAUAGCAUAGCGUUUUUGUAUUAUUCGAAAUAUACUGCUCGAUAUAUAAGAUACAAAAACCUUUCUUUUUUUUUUCUUUUUUAAAUAAUCGUAAUUCUUUUAUUAGUUCAUAAUUCAAAUAGCACCUAUGACAUUGCCUCCAAAAUAUUGUUCUCUGUACAUUUCAUAAUAGGUACUUAUACUCUGAAAUCAAAAUUAAACUAGUUUUACUUAUUCUGCUUAAGCAUUGUUUUUGCGUGUUACCCGGUUAUAGUUGGACCAAGACAGUAGUUGCGGGUAUAACGUCCUCUUAACAUGAACACAAAACAAAAUAUGACAAGUAUAAUACUGUUGUUCAAGAUAUUUUAACAUCUCCUUUAGGCUACUGCUCGUAUUAUUGGAGAUGAUUCGAGUUCCUAGAAAUAAAAUGAACAAUAAAUAUAAUAUUACAAACUAAAACCUGUACGCCCGUGAAUAAAGACGGACAUAAUUCGUGCGAUUGGCUGUUGUAGGUGAGAACCCGGGAAAGGUAUGGGUAUAAAAAAUAAUUCGAUUUUAUAUCCGUAUACGUGACGAUAAACCGUUGCUAACGAAUAACAAUUCGGAAUUUUUUUUAUACAUUUUGCUCAUAGAUUUUCCCGUUCCCCCCUUCCAAAUUAUUAAUGAAAACCCCCGAAAAUUCGAAAAAUGGCACCACCCCUAAAGUAGAUACCAUCCGUAUAAAAUUUCCUUUUCAAAACGAUACUGCACGUCUUGAUACAUCGGAGUGAGAUUUCUGGUAGAAAAGUUUUUUGCUGAUAAUAAUAUUUAACGUGUCGGUAUGGACAAGAUAUAUGAGAGCCUCGGGCACGACGGCGUCGUAUUGCGUGUACACUAAUCCCCCCUACCCCACGCCGGUGAUAAUCUUUUUUUCUCUACCUUUCGUUUAAUUUUUUUAUUACACGCGCUUUGCGAAUUUUCCGCAAUUUCCCUGCACGACAGUAUCCGCAUAGUUGCUGGUAUAUAAUAAUUAAUAUAUUGCAGAUAUGACGUAAUAAUAAUAUUUUAUUUGAAAGAGUACCUAUAUUUUUACCUUGAUCAAUUAUAAGUAUUGAUCGAGACGUAUUUCACUAUAGUUACGUGUUCGGAUUUUCUUUGUCUUACUUAUUAGUGUCGCGUCCAGAACCCUUGGAGGGGCGAGUGGGGGGGGGGGCAACCCGAUCAGUUACAUAUCACAUAUCGUACCUUUUUAUAUUAUAUAACAUUAUGUUUACAACAAUCUUCUACUUUUUCUUUUUCUCCUUAGCCUUCAUCCUUAACUUCCACUUGAUCCGUGAUUCCUCACACAAGCCCGGUUUAAGACAUGCAGAGGUCCCAGAGCCAAAACGGGGAUUUCAGUGAAAGACUAAUAAUGUGCAAUUUUUAAAAACGGUUACUAAUCAAUAUGUUUUAACAAAAGAAAAAUAAUAAAUAGUGUAGACAUCAUAAUAUAGAUUUCAAUUCAAAAGCUUUAUAGCUUUAUAGCUUAAUUAUAUACUUAUGUAUAAUUUAAAUAAAUAAAUAUAUUAUUUUUAGCAGAGGUACCAGUAGUUUUUACUAUAUAAUAAUACGAAUAAUUCAUCAUCAGACAACGAAAAAAUAUUAAAAUAUCAAAGUUCAAAGUUCAUAGUUAAAUACAUAUACUAUGUAAAAAACUUACUGUGGCAAAAACUGAGGCCCUGGGAGUCUGUUGGCCCGGAGGCUAUAGCCCUCCCUGGAUCCCACCUUAAUCCAUAUCAUUCUCUACAAUCGCAUCUAACCGCCUUUUUUUCGGUCUUCCUGUCACUCUCUUUCCUCUCUAUGUCUGUUUGCAUUACAAUAUUCUUACUGCGUCUGAUUCGUCGACCAACUGGGUUUAUUUUACCUACAAACAAAAUAAGCAUUGCUUACUGCCUUUAAAAAAACUUCGGUCCAAAAACGGCUGAGAUUUAGAGGGGGAAAAAUAUAUAUACAUACAUAAAAUAUAAUUAUUUAUACGGGUAUAAAUUAUGUUUUGUAAUUACCGUAGGUCGUUCACUCGUCCAACGGUUGGUGAUGCGAUUUAUCGUUCGUUCCAAUAACAUUUAAACGCAUUAUAUAUAUGAAUGCAGAAUACGUAUUUUUAUUUGUAAUUUAAUUUUUUUUUUUUUCAAGUUGCAUACGAUUAUUGACAAUUAAUUACGCGGUAAAACGUUAUAAAUCGUAUUUUGUAUCCUGCCUCUUCUCCCGACGGGAUACAUCUCUAUAGAGAUAGAUAUUCAAUACUUUCGGUACAUUUGAAUAUUGUGACCAUCCGACUUAUUAGUGUACGGCCCGUCAAGUACUUAAUCCGGCUAUGGCGGCACGGAUAUACCUAUUAUAAUAUAUUUGGCAUUUUGGUGCUGUCGGCCCGUGAAUUGUUCGUGAUUGUGCAUUAUAAUAAUAUCGUGGGCCGCGAUAGGCUCGAAAACCUAUUGUGACAUGACUUAUUCCUAACGAUAAAGAAUCGCCGACGAUGGAAAUCGAAAAUCCGACGCCCCGGUAACAAUAAUGGAGUUCGGAAGCACCGGCGGCGACGGCUGCGGCAUACGUAUCUAUUGUUACCAAUAUACGUGGGGGGGGGAAGUCUCCGUAUAUAUUAUUUUCACGGAUUUCACCUUACAAAACACGCGCGCACAUCCGCCAAAAACCGAUUGCAAUAAUAUUAUACAGGUACCCGUUUAUACCGCGAUUUCGGACGAUUAUUAUUAUUUGAAAAUAAUACUUACUCGUAUUACUGUUGUUUGACUGUCAUAGAACAAUAAUUAUAUACGCAGAUAAUAGUGUUGACAAUCGGCAUGAGUAUUAUACUAUUGGUACACGCGGUACAUUCCGUAUUAAGUACACAAUAUUAUUAAUUAUAAAACGGCGUGGUAUGAAAAAAAAAAAAAACGUCAGAAUCGUUAUUUUCAUAUCCCCCCCCCAUCCCGUGUCGUUACUUUUGUACAUACAGAUAGGUAUUUAAGCGUGCGGGCGCGAUGCGUAUCGGCUCUCGGCGACUAAGAGAAUGUUUCAGAAUACAUCACAGGGCAAUUUUCCCUUUUUAUUCACUAUUAUUAUUGGUUUUUUUUUUUUUAAUAAUAACAGAUAAUAACACUAACAAUACAAAGUCCGGAAGUUCGUGUACACACGCACGCGUGUUUAUAAUGAUUGCAGGUCUAUACAAUACGCGCCAAUAGACUAUAAUAUUCAUAAAGUCGUAUUAUACAAUGUAUACGUACCUAUAUGCAAUUAUCACUCGUUUUUCGGACACCCAAUAUCAUUAGCGACGGGCACUCGUAUACUUUAUUAUGUCAGACUGGGAAAAUUUUUCCGUGGGCCAUAUUUUUCCACCGUCUACAAGGCCGUAGCUGGAAGACAAUUUCGUAAGGGGAGGCAGGGUCCUGACCUAUGGGUGAGUGAUGGAAAAUAUAGCCAUGGUUGCCUAAUACUGUUGCUUCCAAGUAGUGGCGGAUACAGGUGUGGGGGAGCUUGAUUCAUCAUCGUAAAUGUACGCCUCAUAGGAAUGUUUAAAAUUGUCCUGUCCUCCUCGUUAUCUUGCCCUGAAUCCGCCCCGGCUUGCUUCCAAUUGCAUGUAUUACCGUUCAAGAUCAAAUAUAUCUGAUGCAAUCGACCUUCGAUAAGGCAGAUAAUCGUGAAUACCAUUUCAAGCCGAGGGAGAUGCAUAUUAUAAUAAUCAUGUUCCUAUUUAUUUAAUCUUAUUUCUAUAUUAAUUGCGCGGUUUUUACGCAGUCAGAUUUUUCCUUUUUUUUCUGUAUGUAUUUCGAAAAAUCAUACGAAAUUUCCUCUAAUCGGCAUUCGACAGUCAGUGGGGUAUCCGGUGGACAGAGGCAUUCACACCCAUCGUCCUCGCCCCGUACCUAUUAAUCAUAUUGCUGUAGUGAAUAAAAACACCAGAACGUUCAAAACAAAUAUAAGUUAUUCGGGUCAACCGCAUUUUCCGGAUAUACCAUCGGGCCAUGCUGUUUCAGAUGGUUUUUGACAGUUUGUAUGUACAAUUUUAAUAUUCGAAAAAUGAGAGGCCCAGCGGCGUGUUGUGACUGCGGUAAUAGGAUUUAUUUCUGAAGAGAGGGAGGGGAGGUGAACUUGUGCACGUGAUUUUAGGAUAAUAAAGUAUUAUAAAUAAGUGAAAUAUUAAAUAUUUAUCAUUAGGCCAAUGGUGGCGGUCAAAUGAUUUUUUCACGGAAUAGGAGAUGAGGCUGAUUAUUUAACAUUUUUAACGAUUAUAACAUAAUUUAUAAACAUAGAAUUUAUUUAAAUUAAAUAAAUAGGUAACAUAGGCGCAAAAAGUCCACAUUUUUUUUUUUUGUGGGGGCUCAAAUCUAUAACGUUAAUACAAAAAGGCUGGAGAUACCCCGCCAUAUUCUUCAAUCCUCACGUCACGGCUACACAUACCCACACAUAAAAGUACACAAAACAAUAUUACAAUAUAUACUUGAAAAAAAUUACGUGCGUUAAAUGUAAACUGUUUAUUGUUCACACGAUGAGUUACGCAUACGUUCUACCAAACACAAAGAGCGAAAAUCCGAUAUUCUAAAUAAACAACGGUCUUCGUUACUGCAUAUGGAAAUUGGCACGUAAAUCCAUAGACAAAGUAUAAGUCUACGCGUAAAUAUAGCGCAGAAAGCCUAAAUUGUUAUCAGAUGAAACAAAAGGGUUUUUAGGACCAUAUAUGCAACAUGUUUGGGUACGAAUGAAUAUAACGUGCUUGGACAUAUAUACGAAAAUAAUAUGUCAAUGUUUGAUAAUUAUUUGUCAUAGUUUUAAAAUUAUUAUUUAUUUUAAUGCUUACACGAUGCUUAUAUUUUAUAUACUAUUCGUUUUAAUUUCGAGUUAAAUUUGUGUACGAUUUUUCAAUCAUUUUACCAAUAAAUGCAGAGGCGCCAGGUUUUGAUAAUGUUAUGGAGAGGGCUCAUUAUUUUAUAAAAAUAUAUACAGUUUUACCUAAAUCUUACUAUAUAUUUCCUUUUUUUAUUUAAUUUAAAUUGUUCGUUAAAAAAUUACUAAAAUAUAAUUAUUUGUUGUUUUGUACAUAUAUUUUAAUAGUAUUAGCAUCAUGAAAAAUCACAAGACAAAAAUUAAAAAAUGCCAGGCACCAGUUAACUAGGAACCUGGUUGAAUACCAAAAUUUACACUUUUUCUCUGCUAUCAAUGUAAAAAAAAAAUUCGAUUAUUUUUCUCAAUUAUUUUUUACAUAUAAAAUUACUAUUUUGAGGAUGUACAAGACAAAUUUUGAUUUGUUUUUUAUAAAAUGAGAACCACGAGAGGCUGCAGCCUCAGGACCUCCCUGUACGCGAUCAUCAUCUUUAUCGAGUUAAUAAAUCAUAAAUCGUAAACUUUCAAGUCGGAUAUUUGUUAUUUUUAUGCAGAUAGAGGUAUUCUAACGUGUUAUACGUUUAUGCACCCAAACUGCCGGUUUUUCUGUUUAUGGGGUUUUUUGUUAUGGAGUAACGGAACCGUUACCGUUUUAAGCAGAGAUUAAAUCAAUGAUUAAUAUUGUGUACACUAGAUUCAAGAAUACCAAAAUUUCUCAACAAUUACCAAAAUUUCCUGUAAGAUUACUAAAAAUUACCUUGGAUUGCCGAACAAUUGUACGCUAAUUUUCCCAUUAGUGAUUUGUCCUCUGAUCUUAACCGUGUGUUUAUCGUAAUAUAUUUCUCGCGCGUCAUAGGUUUUUAUACGAUUAUUGCACGAUUUUAAAGUUGCUUUUUGUUUUUAAUAAUAUUAUUAAUGCGUAUUUUCGUUUAAUUUCUAAACACGAAAAGUAGUGUUGAUUGUACGAAAUUUUGAACCAGGCGAACAUUUAAGAGGAGGGGUGUAAUUUGGUCAUUCCUAAGCAACCCCCUUCCCCGGCUCCUCUAUUUGCACCUAGGCAAUAUCGAUCAGGCGCAAUCCAACACGUAUUAAUUCGUUUGUUUCGUGUAAACGGCGAUCAACAAAAAAAAAAAAUAAAAUCACCCGCGUCACGCGCGUAUUGCUAAAUUGCUCGAUACCUAAAUAAGACAUAGGUGUUGAUAACAAUAUAAUAAUAUAGACGUGCGCACGAGGGGGGAAGGGCAGGGUUGGCAGCUGCUUCUCCUGCGGGCUAAAUUUUUCUUUCAAAAACUGUGAAAUUUCAAUUACUCUACUAUACAUUUUUAAUCAAAUCAACGAAACGCAAAAUUAAAAUACUUCCAUCGCUAAUAUCAAUACUGUACUCGCUAAAUAAACAAAAUAAUAUUCAAUUACAUAAUAUAUUAAUAUUAUAUAACAUUUAAUGAUAUAUAUUUUGCCCCCCUAUGCCAUCAAGGUCUGUGCACGCCUGUGGGUAACGUAUACCCACCCACUCGAGAUCCGAUUUACAAAGUUACACGCGCCACACGCGAGGAAUGCGCGAUGUCGUCAUAGCGCCGAUUAUGAUACUAUUUUUACAGCGCGAACACAAUGACGGUGAUUAGGUAGGUUAAUAUGAGGUACUCGCGGGGAAAGACGAUUAUUUUAAUAAUAUUAUUAUUGUUUAGGAGAAAAAAAAAAAUUAUACGGUUGGGCGAUAAUAAUAUCAACGACGACGAAGGUUUUUGCCGUAUAGCAGUAGAGUGGACAGUGGUAGGUACUGUUGUACACGGCCGCGUAUAAUUUGCCAAUUACAUGGGUAUUAUUAUUGUUACAAUAACGAGUACGAUGACGACGACGACGAUGAUGAUGAUGAUGAUAAUAUCGUCGCCGUCGUCUUCGGAUCGUGAUAAUCGAUUAUGUUGCUAUUCUUAACAUGAUAGUGUUUCAGCGCGCGUGCGAGCGGUCACACUGUAGCAGUUGGCGUAGAAAUAAUUACGCACGACUAGUUAACGAUCGUAAUUAACUCGGCGACUUUUUACUCUAAACGGCGGUACGCCCGUUUACAACCUAUAGAGCGACAUUAUUAUUAUAAUAUUAUUAUUAUUUGCGUGUGCCCGUGCGCACAACACUGCGCUGCGUUGUACGGGCAACACUAUUAUGGAAAUAUAAAGGCACGCGGUGAUAAUGCUACGGUCAUUACUCAUUAUCCGUAUUAUUAUCGUAGAAAGAAAAAAAAAUAUCGUCCGAUUUAAUAACACCAUUGGCAAGUAUACCCACAUUUGUGAUAUUACGCCUGGUUAUUACCCGUGUAUCGGUAUUACACACAAUAACAAAUAUAGGUAUUUACCGUCCGAUCGUUUUUAUAAUAAUAAUAAUAUAGAGAGCAGAUUUUUUUUUAAUGAAAUAAACGUGUUCGUAUACCGGAUCCGGCGCCAUCUGGUUUCAACCUCUCCUUUCCUCCUCACCCACCAUUCGCUGCGUGACGUUCCAUGUUUCACAAAAUAACAGCCAAUGAUUCAUUAUACUCGUGUAUUAUGUACAAUACUUAAGUCUUCCAUAAAUUUGCCAUGUCUUAAGCGGCGAAGGCGGAGAUAUUUGAUAUUUUUUAGAGGGAAGGAAGGGCUAGUGUAGCCGGAGUCUCCGUGUAUUUUGUUACUCAAACGUUUCGUAGAACACAAAAAAAAAUUGAUUUUGAUGUUGAAAAUCAGCUCCGUUAGCCGUAAGACUGGAUUUUUAUAUAAAAUACUAAUUUCGGGAGGAAUUUGGACGAUUGUCUACCACCUCCACCGAAAACAUUUCUACGAUUUUUUUUAUUUUACAAUUUAUAAAUUCAAAUAUUCCUAGCUUACAUUAAAAAUCGUCUAAAACCGAUUAAAAUAUCUAUUUUAACCGUUGCGAUAAUUUUUUUUAAAUUCAGAGCGUAUUGAGGAAUGUAUUGGUUUUACAUAUUUUUAAACAAUAAUUUUUUUUUUCAGUGAACAACUUUUCUACCAGAAAUUUUGCUCCAAUUAUCAUUUGCAGUACUUUUUCUGAAAUGAUAUUUAAUUUGAAUAGUACUUUGAAGGAGUUAUUUUUUGAUUUUCCAAGUGGUUUUUAUACUAAUUGGGAAAAACGGGAAUAUACACGUACAUUCUGUACAUAAAAGAAAUUUAGCUCCGAAUCAAUUUUUGUUAGCAAUAGUUUAUCGAUGCGUAUACAGAUAUAAUUUAAAUUUCUCUCUAUAUCCUAUCCUCUUAAUUUCUCAUCUACAACAGUGGCCCAUCCAUGUGAAACAAAUAGUGAAAAAUAUAACAUAGUUGUUUAAAUUAAAAAUAAGAACACAUGCAUUAUGGUUUUUUAUUAAAAAACUUACUUUAUCGGUAUAACUUGAAAUAGGUAACUGUCCCCUUGUUUUAUUUUUCAGUAGGUAUUCUUUGCAAACAAACUAUACUUAUAAAUUAUAAAAAAAUAAAGUUUGUACAAUCGUAUUUUCACUAAAAUACAUACAUAAUUCACGUCGGUAUUACUUUCCGUUAUAAAUUUAAAAAAUAAUAAAAAUGUUGUGAGAAUAUUUUUUGUAACCCAGAAUCAAAGCUUGAUUAACUAGUAGGCUCAAGUGCUCAAUAGGCUACCAAGGGCGUUAACUUUGUACCUCCUAUAAGCUCUAUAUAAGUGGCGUAGCGUGCGUGCACAGCAUAAAUUACACAUCAUAAAUAAGCAAAACUAUUAUUUUUUUUUUUUAUUGUUAUAUAGUAUUUUAUUUUUUUUAGAAUAUAAAAUUGUGUAUGGAAAUUGUAUAAUCGAAAAUAUGAUUGAACAAAACAAAAACUCAUUACGCACUAAAAAUUUUCGUCUAGAUUAAUUAAUAGUCAUUGUUAUUAUAACGACAACUCGCAGUGAUAUAGUCUUAUUAAAAGUUACAACUAUAUUAACUAUAUUAACCUAACGACGAAUUUCUUCGGUUUAAUAUUUAUAAUAAUAUAUUAUAAAUAUUUGAAUUAAAAUGUGUUGCUAUGCCGCGCGAUUUUACAACAUUCAGAAAUAAUGGUAAUUUAAAUAUUUUAAAUCGACUGUAGCUUUCCAAAAAAUUAAUAAUUUGUGGUUCCCUCCCAAAUAUCGUUGUUUUUUAGUAUUAUUAUAGAUGCUUUUACUCCAAAACCAAGUUCUAAUUUGCGGUCUGCGUAAACAUGGUUUUUACUAUGUUACCUGUUAUAUUUGGAUUGAAACAAGCAUAUACAGGCAGUAGUAUGCCGAAGUAGGUUUUUUUCUGGCGAUCGCCUCAUGACUAAAAUGAGUGAAAGCGAGUCACUAAAUAGGUUGAAUGUUGAUUAAGAUUAACUAUCAUGAAAUCAGUAAUGCCUUUAGUUUUGUGUAUUACCUAUACAUAUAUUUAUAUUAUUAAUUGUCCUAUAUACGAAUUGAAAAGAAAUAAUCUAUGUUAUGUAACUAAAUAUGGUCUUUGCUGUGAAAAAAUUAUUUUGUAUGCCAUAUUAUAAAAAUGUAUGUUUUGGGCGAGUGGGUCGCAAAUUUUUUGUUUUGCCUCAAGCAUAAAAAAUGCUCAUCACUGCAUACGGUUACCAUAUCCUCCUAAUGUUUGUACGUUAUUUACGGAUAACCUCACAUCACCCGUCAGGAGAGCCACGUUAACAUCGGCCUACAGGUAGCUACUUAAGCAGACUGCCGAGAAUAUUGUCCUCUCAAAUCACUACGUAUUCUUGUAUGGUAUUUAAUCGAUACUUCACUAUACCUAACGCACAUUUACCGUGUUUUUUUUUUUUAAUCUCUCGAGUUUCGUUUAGGUUUUAGUAGGUAUUGAUAUUCCAUCGCUCCCCAAAUACAGGUAAUAAACAAAAAACACCCUUAUCCAUUAUAUCUACGUGCAUUUAUUUUAUACAACGAUGAUGACGUUGAAAACAUUUUACUGAAAUUCAUUGCUAUGCAACGGGUACCAGGUAUGGGGAGCUAUAAUAGUAUAGGUACUCGUUUUAAAAUACUCAAGUGCGUAUAUUUCUGUCUGUGUGAUACAGUUUAAAAUCACAAUAACUAUCUAUUAUUGUACCGAUUUAUUCAAAGUAUGCACCGUGAAAUCAUCGCGUUAAUUUGUUGAUAAUGUCCGAUGAUGUUAGAUUCUGAGUGAAACGAGAAAAUUAGCAGUUUAACUAUACGGUGUGUUUAUUUAUUUAUUUUUUUUAUUUUUUUGUGUGCAAAUAACAUGUUUACCGGACAUUUUGCUCCAAUCAAAAACUUUAUAGGGACUUUUUUGUGACGAUUUUUAAUCUUUAUAGUCGAUGCAUCGAGAAGGUCAUUAUUUUUUUUAUUUUCUUUGUGGUUUUUUCUCAAUAAAGUGGUAAUUUUUCAAUAUAAUUUUCGUUGAUUUCCUGGUUACCUUGGCGCAAACAAUGGAAAUAAUACGGCUAAUAAUAUAGGUAGUUAUUCUGUUUAGAAUCGUUUUUCAUCAAUAACAUGAGAUACAAAAUAAAAUCACUCGUAUAUCACCAUCUAUAUUCUCGUGUCAGACUUACGCCUAUCCUAAAACGGCAGUACGCCCGUUUACAGCUGCUGGUUAGGUUUUUUAUUGUUCGAUCUUUGGAAAUCACGGAUUUUCAAAAUCCGUUCCCUAAAUUAAUACGUAUACGGUGAUGUUAUUGUAAACGCCGCAAUCGUAGAAAAAAAAAAAAAAACAUAUACUUAUAACCGGCACGGAAUCGUGUAAAAUAAUAUGUAUGUGUGUUAAGGUCGCGUCAAUGCCACCGCCGUUAAUAUUCAAUAUGAGCACUGUGCCGCUAUAAUUUAAUAUUAUAAGCACCGUCGCCGAUAAUUUAAUAAGCCGCGAGCACCAGGAGGAGUGAAUAAUAACAAACGAAUAUUAUCCUAUUAAAAAAAUAUUAUAACGUGACGUUCAUUAUUCAUACAUUCGGUUUUUUUUUUCCGUAGGUACAGUCACACGGGUUGACCGCGGGAGGUCGCGGGUACAGUGCGAUACAUUACCGCCGCGCGUUGUCGUAUUAUCUUGCCGUAUUAUUAUCCAGCGUUCGAAUCGGAAACAUAAAACAGAAGAGGGGCUCUAUUAUGAGAAUUAAAAUUAUAAAAAAAAAAAUCCAGUGUCCCUCGCAAUAUUAUUGAACUCGAUCUAAAGUGGUCCCAUACACGUAGUUCAAUAGUAUAUCGAUCGAUAUUUGUUAUUGACGAUAAUAUCGAAUGUUGAAGACGCGUUCAAUAUAUUGAGUCAAUGACGAAAUUAUUUUGAUAUUUUUGGAUAGAUAGCGAAUGAUACUGUGCCAUUUGUGGCACUUAUUUAUGUUCCGUCAGUUUUAAGUUUUUAAAUGUGUCGGUUUAUCGCAUCGUGAAUUAUAAAUCGCGUAUCAAAAUGACUUCUAUUCAAGAUUAUUGUGAUCACCCGGCAUUAUGGGAAGACGUGAAAUGUAAUGAUUAUAAUGUGUGCAGAAUAAAGAAAAAUAUGGCAAGAGCAAUAGCAAUAAUCGCGUUCUCUUUACUAAACUGAGAAAUAUACAGUGACCCGUGAAAAUAUACCUAUUACUUAUUUUCGGAAGUAAUAAAGAUAAACAAAUUUUUUUUUUUUUAUACUCAGGACUAUGAAUAAUUAUAUUGUGCUUAAAUUUGUGUGUUUUAGUAUUAUUUUUAUUAUUUUCGAAAAAUUUGAAGAUUCGUGAUUUUUAUUCAUUUUUUUAAAUUUCAGAGAAAAUUAAGUACCUAUAAUUACGCAGCAGGCUGUAAUCGCAUUCGCUAAUUGAUUAUUAUUAUUAUGGUUGAUGGUUAAAUUUUUUUCUCUAAUAAAAAAUUUUGUUUUUUUUUUUUGUUUUUACCGAAACAUAAAAAACUAAUUGAAUUAUAAAUAUAUAUAGUAAUUAUAAGUAAUAUAUAAAAAUAAGAACAGAAUUUGAUUAUAUUUAUUAUCUCUGGAGAUAUUUGUGGGUAUCUCUGCAGCAUUGAUGAAUAUUAUUGAUCAUAUACGUGGCACAAAAUUUAAAACAUUUAUUAAUAUAAAUAUUGAAAUAUUGAUCAAUAAUUUGGAACCUUUGCACGAGGCGCUUAACUCGUAUUUACCUAUAGUAAUUUCCGAAAAAAAAAAAAAUAUAAAACCAACAACAACAAACAAUAAUACUCCCGCAGAAUUCGAUUUUGCAUAUUAUACACAAUAUAUUUAUUUAUUUUGUUGUAUUUAUUUAUACCUAUAGGGUUGAGUAUAUUGUAUACAUAUAUAUAUAUAUAUAUAUAUAUAUAUAUACAGGAAUGUAUUAAUAGGUAUUUAAUUGAAUUUAAUUGUUGACAAUAUUGUUUUUUAUUUUCGUAAAAAAUGUUACGGUCUUUAGAUUUCAUUUAAAUUACUUACUGUACUACCUACGUGCGAUGCAGAUAAUAAUGACGCUAAUAAUAAUACUACAUUUUAGACCGAACGAUAAAAAUAUAACUGAAUAUUUUCGGCAUUUUAGAAUUUAAUAUUUUAUUCUAAAAAAAAAAAAAAAAUUGUACAAUAUAUUGAAUAUACCCCAGUUGAUAAUGCGUGUUUUUUUUAAAAUAUUAUUAUUUGAAAAAUUAAACGUACCGUCUCUCCGUUGUAAUAGAAAUAAUUACUAAUGUAAGGGUACGCAAAACAAAAGAAGUAGAGGAGCUUCGUAUAAGAGCUUAAUAUUAUUAGAUUGGCCAAAAUUAAUGUUAAUAAAUUAAAAUUUAAUUAAACUAUUUAACUCUAAACAAUUUGUAUAACAAUAAAAUAAAUUAUUAUUAGUUAUUGUUAAAUACUUUUUUUUUACUUUUUGCUUUUACCCGUCUCUUCUAUUUCAAAAUUCAAAAUAGGUAUUAAUGAAUAUUUUUUUUAUAAAAAUAAUUCGAGUUUUUAAAAUUUCAUUAAAAACGUCCUAGUAAUAAUAACUAAAGCGUUCUUUUCGAAUUUUGAAGACUUAGACUAAAGGGGGUUGAUCACUUUACAUUAAAUAAAUAAGGCGAAGUACUCCGUACCUCCCGUUUGUAAAUUUCAAGGCAAACCAUCACCAAGACACAGAAUAAAAAAAAAGUACACCCAGUGCUUCCCUUGAAUGGCACCCCUGACGGUUCCGCAUCGUAAACCGCGAUUCCGUGCGGAAUCUUUGCGACGUUGCCGUUUUGUGACGUUGCCGUUUUGUGACGUUUCGUUCACGAAAUUCACGCGGUUAUAUUAUUUAUUUGACAAAACAGAUACGUCAUAUUCGAGCUACAAUAGAGUUCAUAGAUUUUCGGAUUUAUGGUAUUUCGUUAUAGAACGUUCGGCUGCAUAACGGGUGGGGUGUUUCUUUAACGCAUAUAGCCACAGACGUGGGACUUAACCAUUCUGCACGUUUCAUCAAUUUGUUUUGUUUGUUUAGAAAUUUAGAGAAAAAACCGCAAUUUUAGAAAUUUUUAGGUGGAGGCCGUCCGACCGAAAUUGUCCGACUCAUCAAUUACCUGUUCGACUUCCCAUAUACAAGUGUAGAGUACAGUGGGGUAUACCGCAGAAAUUGCGCUUGUGAUCAAAUUUAUCGGUUUGAAAAAUACGUUUAACCGGAUUUCAGAAUCAGAAUCGCUUUUGUUUUGUAAUUUAAUGGAAAAUAACCGUGAAAAUCGGAAAUUUUGUUGUACAUCAUCCGAUUCAAACAAAUGACAAUAACAAAAGAAAAACCUUUAUUUUGUAUUUUUUGCUGUUUUUUUCUUUCAGUUCUAGAGCAGUUUUGGUAAUUUUUGUAUUGGUUAUUAUUUCGCUAAAAGAUAUUUCCGGAGAAUUUUCUUAUACGUUUUAGGGCAUUUAAAUUUGGGUUUCAAUUAUAAUUAUGGCAUAGCAUUUUAUUCUGCAGAUCAUUAAAUCGUAUACUUUCUCCCCUGUACGCGGGCAAUGGGAUUUUAUUUUUCAGAAUAACUUGAAGCGAUUCAACGUGGGUUUUUGUUUUGUUUUUAUUUAUAAAAAUAACAUUGUAGUUAUGGAAAUCAAAAUUUUUCACUUUUUAGUCGAAUUAAAUAUUUUACUGGACGAGAGGUUGAAAUCAAUAGUUCUAUUUGAGAUAUCCGUAAGACAUUAAAAAAAAGUACUCGUUUCGCUUACACAUUCCCUUUUUGCAGUGAACUCCUGUGGGAGGAGUCUGAAAUGAAAAGUAUUGAUCGGUUUAUGUUGCUAGGCGUCGUCGGCGGCUGCGCGCACUGGUCUCGUUUGCGGAUCGGGCGGAGAGUGGCGGCGCUUACUCGGUGGCCGUAUCCAGGGGUUACGGGAUUUGCAGCGGUUGCGGGCGCUCUAUCGAUCCAUCCCUAGAAAUUACGCGUUAUACUUGUGUAUUUUAUUACUACCCGUUUAGGUUGAACACCCGUGCGUUUUAAACAAAACCCGAUUUUUCGCGACAUUACGCGCAAGUACUAUACAGUGGUUGGUUGGAGAGGCGUGGCGUUCGGUCACAUGCACCCUUAAUGGUAGCCCUUAAAAACAAAUGUUUACAUUUUUUUUUGCAACACCUCCCCCCAUUUUUUUAAAAUUUCCAAAAAAAUCUUAACUGCAAAAUUUGAAAUUAACCGUUUAAGUUUAAGCCGCGCCCUCGGGAACUUGAAGUUGAGUAGUUUUGUUAUUUUUACGAAAAAAAUCUGAACAUUGUGCUUUAACUAUUUAUUUGUUUCAAAAAACAUUAAACAGCAAAUAUCGAGUAGGAAAUUUUACUAAGAUUUCAAAAAUACAUCACUGUUGACACUAUUGCAUCGUUUAUUACUAACGUAGUUACAAUUUUAUCUAAAAAAUGAGUAAAAACUCAAUAAAUCGUAUUAAAUGGUAUUUUUUUAUUUUAUUGUUUAUACUAGUCGAACAGUCCAAAAUAUAAUAAAAUUACACGUGUAAAAAAUUACUUAAAACUAUGCAUUUUGAUCAGAUCAGUGAUUAAAAAUAAUACUUAAAACAAAUUAUGUAUUUCUUCGAUAUCUACAUGCUUAAUUACAAUUUUUUUUUAUUUUUUUUUUUCAGUCAGGAAAUAUUUGUCUGUAAACACUCAUAAUUUGUAAUACAAACUGUUUUGUAUAAUUAUAAUUCCAUACUAGUCUAUAGUCUUCAAUCAACUUUAUUUCACUUUCAGCCGAAUCGUUGACAACCUUGAGUUUAGAGACCAUUUGUAAUGAAUGUUGAUAAUAUAAGUUUCAUUCCAAGUUAAUUUUCUAAAAAUUUAGAGUUUCGUUUGAGACGAAAAGUUCAAUUUCGUUUUUCAUAAAUUCUGGAAUUUCUGAUUUUUUAAAUUUAGUUGUUUGAUUUUUCCGUUUGAUAGUGUUUUGUUAUUUAAAUUAAUAAUCAUUUUUUUUUUUUUUUUUUUUUGAUGCUAUUGAAAUAUAUUUAUCGAUAAAUUCCAAAGCAAAUGCAUGCUCUCGGAAUUAGAUACCACAAAUGGUUUCGAAAUGUAUGCAGUGCAACUUGAGAUAUAUUUAUAUCAAUUAUUGAGCUUUAGUUGUACAAUUAUCGUAUAAAAAGUAAAUCUUGAUAUGAUCUGCAACAGAAGGUGCAUUAAAUCAUGUUAAAUUUGAUUAAAAAAUUAUAGCACAAUGUUUAGAUUUUUUCGUAAAAAAUGACAAAAUUACAUGUACCCUGGGGCGUGGCUUAAAAUUGAAAGAUUAAUUUUAAAUUUUACCGUUAUUACUUAUUGGGGUAUUAACAAAAAAUGAGGGGAUACCGCAAACUGUAUAAUAAUAAUAAAAAAAAAAUCUACAAGGGUAAACUAAGAGCUACUCUAAUGCACCCGUUAUAUGACGUGUGAUAUCUAUGAAUAUAUAAUUAUAUAAUUUAAAUUUAAAUUAACACGUAACUUGUUAUAACACGCUUGAAUUAAUAAUGUCACAGUUCCUCAGUAUAAAAUAUACACCCGUAUAUAUUAAUAUAAACGUGAACGACCACGUCCCUUAAUCACCAUAAAAUAAAAUAACGUUGGUUUUUUUUUUUUUAUACGGGCUCACUUCUCUGUAAACGAGUCAGUGUAAACCCCAAUAACAAAUUAACGUUGUAGUUUUGAUUUUUUUUUUCUGUUUGUAACCUAAGUAAUAAGCAAUACUAAUGUUGGUCGUGCGACUUCAAAAAUGUUACAUUUUAUUGUCUUUUUUUAUUAACAAUGACUAUUUUAAUUGACAGAUUCUGUAUGCAUAUUUGACUUUUUAGCUAUAUUUCAAGGUUUAAACCGAAUUUGGAAUGUUUUUUUUUUAGUCGCGAGAACCCUAGAACAUUAAAACAUUACGUUUAAUUUUGCUACUUUGAUAGCUAUUUCCGUGUUUCCUCAGUUAAUCUAACCUAACGGGUUUUUCGGCUGCAGUAUACUAUUAUGAUAUGCGCCAGAAAACUUCAGAAUGUUAUCAAAAAUUUACCACAUAUAGAAAGUACUAUUUAUAGUAUAUAGUGUUUGGUGAAAGUUUUCGUUAUCUACGAGUUUAUUCCUACCUUAUAAACAAAAAAAAAAAAAUCAAAAUUAUCAUCAACUGCCUAAAUUUUUUUUUACGGAUUUUCACUCAUAAUUAAAAAUAGUGCAAGGAAAAUUAAAUAAUAUGACAUUUUACAAUCGUUCAUCAUAAAGUCAAAAUUUGCUAUAAUAAAAGCUCUUAUAUGAAGUUUUUGAUCAGAUCAUAAUUUCUGGUAAAAAAGAUAUUUAUACAAAAUUAAAAUUAAAAGAACAAAAAAAUUAAAUAAAAAUACAUUUUUCUAACAUUCAGUGGAAUCAGCCGCACUGUGGGCGUUCCGAUUUUCAAUUAAUUUUAAUUGUUAUUGAUAAUAAUUAAAUAAUUGCGCAUAUUAAUAUGUAUACAUUAAUUAUUACUCUGUGAGGUCAUAUUAUAGAAAAUUCUAGGUUAAACUUAAUCCGCUUAUCAUGGCCGAUAAUUCAAAUUAAACAUUUCACGCGAAAUAUUUGGAAUAUAAUAUAUGAAAACGUUUUUAUUUGAUCAACACUUAUAUAGGUAUUUAUAACAGAGUCAUUAAGAAUAUUUUUGUAGAUUUUUAAAAUACGUGUAGAUCAAUAAGUAGAAUUAGUUUUAUUACGGUUUUAAUGAAUAUAUUUAAUUUGGAUUAUGUAUAGAUGAAUAUAGUCAUAUUUAAUAUAUAUAUAUAUAGGCUAUUAUCGGAGCUCGGGUGUCAAUGACCGAAAUUUUAUUAAAAUUUGCAUAUAAAACUGUCGAAAUAUGAAAUUAAUUUUUCACAAAUAUAUGCGGAAAAUGGUCAAUAUCGAUUAAAAAUAAAUUAUAUACAUUUUUAAAUGUGUAUUGCAUAUGGCCUAUAAAUAUAUGCUACUAAAUCUAGAAAUAAUCAACAUGUGCAUUGAUACGCUCAAACUUGUCAAAUAUGCAAACGUGCGCAAAAUAAGUUUGCAUAUUUAAAAUCUAGGUUUUGUGAAUUGAAUUUAUUUCAUGAUAUAUGGUUGCAGUUCCGGUUGCUUUAAAAAAAAUAUUCUAAGUCAUGAACAAACGAGUUCUAAUUUAUUAUUAUCGUACACGAUCAAACGUUUAAUGUACGCGACACGUGUAUUUUUCUACUCGUUAAAGUAGAUAUAUACAAUAAUGUUUAUUUUGUAGAAUUUAAUUUUUAAUCUCGGUUCAAUGUAAUGAUUUUAUUUAGAUCGAAAACAUCUUUGACGGUACUACCUACAAUCGACCUUUUUGUAAUUUGAAAUAAUACAAUAUUUUUCUUGAAUAAUUUUAUGGAUGCAGUUUAAUAAUAUGCAUAGAAGGUUUCAGUAAAAAUUAAAACACGUUUACGUUAACGCGAAUAUCGUUACAUGAAACCGAAUUAUUAUUUAUUUUGUAUCCAUUUAAACGUUUAACGUAUGUUUCAAGUUCAAAUUUAUUUAAAUUCUAUAUACGGGACACUGUAAAAAAAUCCUUUCCCUUCGUAUAUUUUAAUUAACGCUGUAGGUGAUAUACGUAUAAAACAAUAAUAAUAAUAAUAUUAAUAAAAAUACAUAUGAAUAAAUUUCAAUAGUUUGUCAUGAACGAUUAUAGUGUAUAGUCAGUAGCAGUAUGUCUAUCUGACAUACUGCAAGUAUUUCUACCUGUAAAACACUAACAGUUUAUAUUUGUUGUUGUGCAUUUAAAUAAUUAGGUCCAUUUGAUUUAUUUUUUAACGACCCGAAAAACCGGUUAAGUUUUAUCCGGUUUUUUUUUUAAAUUUUUUAAUAAUUCUCGACGGAAAUAAUUUACAAUUUGAUGGUUUAGAUACAAUACAUUUUAUAAGAGAAAAGAAGAAGAAAUAAACGACAAAAUGUAUAACAAUCAAUUAGAGUAAAUUUAAAUUUACAUCAAAAUAACAUAGAAAAUAAUUACAAGGUCCGAUUCUAAGAUUUUCCUGAUACUUAUACGUCAAUUACUAUGAUUAGAAAUCUUUAAUAGACUAGUAUCUAAAUUAAUUAAAUGCUCUUAUUAAAUACCUAUACGGUACGUUUGGUACGUUUGGUACGGUACGUUAAACCAUUAUUUUCAUAAUUCUAAUAUUAUUAAUAUAUGAGUGAUAUGUACACAUUAAAUCAAAUUCGAACGAAUAUUAAAUUUGUUUAUUAUAGUUGUCAAUCAGUAUUAAGACAGUUUAUUUGUAAAUUCGUAUCGAUUUAAAUGGUUUUUUUUUUUUUAAACGGGGCGAUGUUGAUGUCGGUGUUUACUAUAAUUAUUGAAAAUUGAAAAAUACUUACAAUCUUUUUGGGCAUUGUAAAAUAGGGGUAUUUUUAAAAUUAUCAACCCCAAUCCUACAGUUUAUACUCGCUCACAUGAAAUAAAAUAAUGAGUAUUUUGGAGCGCAAAGUGUACAAAAUAUAAUAACGUUCGAGGCCUGAAAUUCUAAUAUGUUUAAAUAAAUACGAAAGGGCGCUAAAAAUGUAAAUGCAUCUUUAGGUCGGUCACCCAAUAAAAAGAUUACCUACUUAUAAUACUGCCCAAUUUUUGGUUAAUAUCAUUCGUUGCGGUCACCCAAUUUUCGGACUGCAUACCUAUUGGGAUUUUAAUUACUUUGAUUCAUUAUCAUAUUUUUAGGCCUGUGAAAUUGUAGAAAAGUACAUUUUUUUUUUUAACUGAUUGUGAAACAUAGUUUUCUAAGUAUAUAAUUUGAAUUAUAUAACAACAAAUUAAUUUAUGAAAAUUUUAUUUUGCAUUAUUUGAAGUUUUUAAUUUUUAGGGUCACUUUUUGGACUCUAAGUAAUAUUUUACUUUUUGUUUCAUUUUAGAGUAAUUUUAAUCAAAUUUUUCAAACUAAGAUCUUUACACACUUAUUUUUUGUCGAGAUUAGUUAUUUAUGGGCUUGCGAAAUAUCGAUAUUAGUAAUAUCAAUAAUAUCAAAAUAAACAUAAAAAUUAAAUUAAAAACCAUUUAAGUUCAUUUUAUAUUGAAUUCUUUGUGACUUCAAAUGCAUAUUUUAUUGCAUUUUUAGUAUUUUUUGUGUAUUUUUAAGGUUUUUCACUGCAUUACAUUAACAGCCCUAUUUAUUAUUAUAUUAAAUGUAUAAUAUUUUAUUACAACAAAUUUGCCAUCGACAUUUCCUUUCUCGUAUAUAACACUCGUAUCGCAGGGGCGUCUCUAGACCUUCACUAUAGGAGGGAGCGAAAUAAUUAAAUUUAAUAUUAAUGAUUGAUGAGAAAAAAAAGACGAACAUACUUCACAUGAUGGAUGAAUCACUGUUGUAGAUGAGAAGUUGGGAAGGUAUGAUAUUGAGAGGAAUUUAAGGUAUAUCUGUACUUAAACAAAUUUAAGCAUUGCCGAUAAAAAAACUAUUCUGAGUGGAAUUCGGUUAAGAGUAUUGCACAGGGGUGUUUACGAGUCAAUUCCAUGGGUAGGGGGUCAAACUACUUUUAUUAUUGAAUACCACUGUUUUGGUGAACAAAAACUGAAAACCUUUAUGUCUGAAAUCAUUUUAACUUAUAUCAGCUUAGAAGACUGCAGAUAUAUUAUUCAAAUGUAGUAAAACAGUAUAAUUUAAAAGUUAAAUUAUUUUUUUUCACAUUAAAUUGAUAAUAAUUAUAAUAAUGAUAAGUAUUAAAUACAAAAAAAAAAAAAACAUUAUUAUCAUAAAUUGUCAUGUUUUUCUUACGUUUUACCUUGGAUUUUCCUGAUAUUUUGAAAACUGCUUGGAAAAUCAAAAAUUGACCUCCUUAAAGUACCAUCUAGUCAAUAUGAUAAUAUUUUCUUUCAAAAAAUUGCUAUACUUAUAUAUUGAAGCAAGAUUUCUGAUAGAAAUGUUUGUCAUAGUAUAAAAAAAAAUAUAUCAUUUAACAGGUAAGUAAGUACAUACUUCGCUACACUAGGAAUCUAAAAUUUAAAUAAAAUUAAUCAUUUCCAUCAUUCAAUUAUUUUAUUAUAUUUUUGCAAAUUGAUUGUUCGCACUUAGUUUUCCACAAUUUUAUCCCACUCUUGAGACGAUAUUUAUUGAAAUUUAUAAAUGAGAAUUGUUUCAUUCUUGUUUCAAUCAAAGAAUUUCAAAGAUCUGAAAUCAUCUUUAUAGCAUUCGGAAGCAGUUGCAUUUGUAAUUAUUUAUACUUUAGAUAAUGGAUAUUUUGUGUAUCAAAAAAGAACAUCACAUGGAUUAUGGGAAGUGAGUGAUCACCCCCUCCCCCACCUCACGGACGCGCUCGCCGUAUCUCGAAGAUCAUAGGUUUAGGACUGUCCGUAUACAUAUUUAUUAAUUACUUAUAGAGUUAUACAUAUGAAUGCUGGUACCCUUGAAUAUUUGAUUUCCAGGAGUACUAAAAUAUUUACAAUGUUCAUAUAGUUCCAAAUAAAUCUUCGUCAACUAGUUAUAUUUAAAUUUAUGUUUAAUACAUAUAAGUAAAAAUGUAUAAAUAAUUACAAUCAAAAUUAAGACAAAAUAUAAAUACAUAAAACGUAGCAGAUAGGUUACAAUACGCAUACAAUAGACAAUAAAUAUAUUGUAUAAUUUACGAACAAGAUAAUAAUUAUUGUAUAUAUUUUAUUAUACAUAUUCUAUAACAUUAUAUUAUAUUAAAAAAUGGCUCAUUGUAAUUUGUUUACACGAGUAGCUUUUACGAUCUUUGCAUAUAGUUUGUUUUGUAACAUAUUUUAGAUUCGGAGUGUCGCGAAGAAUGUAUUGGUUUUACUAAUUUGUUCUUUAUGGAUAUUAUAUAUUCUUUUAUGGAUUUCCCCUUUCAUUUUAAUAAUAAAAAUGAUUUAUAAAUACAGUAUAUUGACAAUAUAAUUUUAUGUUGUAUAAAUAUUUUUAGUUUACACAAAUUAAAUAUUGCUGUUGUUAAUUGUCACCGACUACCGAUCGGCAUCGAUAGUGGCCGUCAACAAUAACGAAUUACUAUUAGAAACUAUUCAAAUCCUGUCAUCUAUAACAAAUAUAAAUGUGUGAACAUUUUUUGUAUAUAGUGGUAAUCUCCGAAACUAAUGGACUGAUUUAAAUUAUUUUUCCUCAACGGAUUCUUUACAAUAUAGCGGUGAUUAGCAGUUUUUACAUUUUCUUUGGUGUCGGCCUGGUACACCAAGAGCUUCUGGAGCAUUUUGUUUUUAGGGGCCCCAUAGAAGAAAAAUAAAAAGGUCAUGGACAUCAAUGCGAUAUUGGGUCAAAAGUCAGGUUUAUUAAUGGGUCACAAAUCUAAAAAAAAGGAAUGGAUUUCACAAAGAAAUAUGAAAUACAUGAAAUACAUGUAUAUGUGUAUUGUAUAUAUGCCAUAUUUACACAAAUAAUUUUCAGUGACAUUUCAGUUUUUAGUAAUUGAUGUAUAAAAUCACUCGCUUACACAAUUAUUAUAAUAAAUUAAUAAUUAAUAUUUAUAUUUUAUUAUUUAACAGUAGUCUGCAAUAGUUGACUAAACUCUAAUUAUACUACGUAUAUAUUUUAAUCUCUGCACAUAAAAACAGUCAGUACUUAAAUGUAGAUAUUUUAUAAAUUUUGGUCUUGAGGAGCCCCCAGUCACAAAUACUAUUGGGGGCCAUGGCAAGGCCGAUUUUUUAAAUUUUACAAUGCUAAUUUCAAUCCGAGAAAAAUAACUUUUAUUAUUAAGUUUUUUACUUUUAAUUUUAAGAGGAAAAUAUAUAAUUAUAUAUGUAUGUAUGUAUGUAUGUAUGUUUGUUUGUGGGAGGUAAUCUCUUGCUGGUACUGCUGAUUUGAUUCUAUAAAUGUAUUCACUAAUAAAAUUGGUAGAAAGCUAUACUAAUCUCGGGUGACAUUGUCCACGAAUUAAAGCCCGAAAUGAGGAUUGACAUGAGAUAUUCGCUACGAAAAUCGAACAAUUUAUGUCGAACCAUGGAUUACAUGUAAAAAAACAACUAUUAUUAUUUAAUUUGGUUGUUAUAAAGCAAAAAUGUUACGGAAAAGAAACCUUUUAACAUACUGCAUAUAUAAAUGAAGAAUUUUAGAAAUUUAAUUUAAUUUUGUCAUCAUAUUAUAAUAAUGGCAUGGGCAUUUAUUUUGUCACUGGCAAGACAGUGAGAGACAGAAAUUAAUGUUUUCAAAAAUAAGAAAUAGUAAAUUUCAUUGAAAUUAACACCAUUUACGACCGAAAAUAUUUAUGUCAGUGUAACAAAGGAAAUAGUUUUAGUAAACAAGUUUCACACGUUGAAAACAUAAUGGAGCGAAUUCGAACCCCAUUGACUCUCUCAUAUACGACCUUGUGUAUAUAUUAUUAUUGUAAUUUUUUUAAAUUAAAUAUCCGUCCGAUUUUAUUAGUACAUGGACGAUUUAUCAGAAGAACGGUUGAAUGGAUAAUAAAGGGUUUUGAAACACGGACGAAGUAAUAAUAAUAAAACAUUAUUAUAGCGCUUGACGGUAGAUACCACGGACUGUAGAAUAGAAACUUAUUAAACCAUGCACCGAAAAUCAAAAUAAACUAACUGUUAUUUUUUCGGGUGUACUUUAUUCAAAUAAAAUACAAACGUUUAAAUAUCCGCGUGAUCAUUCAGGUCGUAACCGCUAUUGCAAUUUAUAUUGGGGUAAAUUUGUACGGCCUUUACAUUAUCAGGUCAUUUAGGCCUGAAAUUAAAUGGGAUAAAGCUGCGGGAGCAGGUUUACCAAAUUCUAUCCAACUUUGUAAAAUUUAAAAUUUAUUUUUAAAAUUUUAAUGAUCUCUUUAAAAAUAAUAUUUUUCAAUAUUCUGUUGUCCAAUGCCCAAUUUGGGUAAAUGGAUGCGAGAAAAUUAACGUCCACAAAGUUUUCUUCAUUUUUCAAUUUAGAAUUAUAGUUAUCAUUCGGUUUAAAAUAAUCGUAGAGAGGACAUUUUCACAGAGUACUAAUAAGACUAUUCUGGACAUGUUUAAAACAUUCUAGCUAUUUUUUAGUUAUUUAAUCGCGUAUGAAAUUUUCGUGUUUUUUUUCGUUUUUUGAUUUCAUCUGGAUUAAAUUAUUUUGGCCUUAAAGGAAAUGCUUGAAAGCUUUUUCUCAAAGUUUAUCGUAAGUUGUAGUUUAACAGUAAAAUAGUAAAAUUUAGGCGGUCUUCUAUAAACAAGGAAACGAGUGCGUGUGUAUGCAUGUGACAAACAGUCUACGUCAUACAUUGAACUGUAUUUUUAUAUAUAGAUUGGCCGAAAAUGUUCAAAAAUGCCGUAAUGUCGGGUUUUAAAAUUUAAAUUUCUAUUUUAGUGUUUUUCUCAGGUAGUAAAAUAAUUUUGAUGCACAUCGCCUUAAUAAAUAUUAUUAAUAUUAUGGUUGAUGUGUAUUUGAACUGAAAAGUAUAUGUUUAGGAUCAUCUAUAUUUUCAAAAAAAUUAUAUAAUAGAAUUUUACGAAUAUAUGUAUUUUUCAAAAUUUAAUUUGCUUGUAAGUGUUGAAAAUUAUAUGAAAUUAACGUAGGUCUUUCUUUCAUAGGGCCAAAGAUAUAUUUUUGUUAUGUUAAAGGUAAACCGAAUAGAAAAAAAAAUUGAAAAAAAAACAUUUUUUACAUAAUUUUGCCCGUUUUUCUAACGUUUCCGAUUCAAUAUUCCUCAAUUAUUUAGAAAACUAUUCAAGGGCUAAUAAAAAAAUUAAUUGCCUUGCAAACAUACCGACUAGACAACAUUUUCUACCACAAACCAUCCUCGAAUUUAAUUAUCGGAGAGAGAUUUCCGGGAGAAAAGUUAUUUUCAUACAGAAAUAAAAAAGGAGCUAAUACUACUGAUGGGUAUGCCAUUAAUUUCGUAGGUGGGAAUAGUUGGGUAAGCAGUACAAUUCACAGAGUUAUUUAAAAAAUUAGAUAUACCAAAUCUUACUUUAAUUUUUAUUUAUGAAUAUUAUUAUGAGUCUAUAAUCUAUAAUUGUAUAUUUUGUGAAUAUCUAAUCUUGAGAACGGAUUUAUGUGCACUUGAAAUCCACGAGAAAAUGUUUAAAAACGUCAAAAAGCACUUGGAAAAUUUUUAAAAUAGCAAAAACGGUCGAGAGGCUUUAAAAGUCCUCCACUUAUAUUUUAUAUAUGUGUACUCGUAUAACGCUGAUAUCAUUAGACGUAGGUUUUAUUACCUAUAUAAUAAAAUAAAAUAUAAUGCGAUCAAAGAAAUAAUUGUUAUAACCGUAUUUAAAUAAUAUACGGUCAUUUUUAUCAAAUACAAAUUUUGUCUGAUUCGCGGUCUAUUAAAAAUAGGUAGGUAUUAUUAUUUAUUAAUAAAUAUGUCAGGUACUUGUGUAUUUUAAUUUUUUUGACGUUUUUUUCAAGUGGGUUUAAUGUUUAACAUUGAGGGCCGCGCAACAUUAAGCGGAUUGAUCGCAGGUGAGUAAACCACCACUAUCGAAUUCUAUCGCACUAGGUGCAUUCUCUAGGUACAAAAUAAAAACGUGACGUCAUGUCAAUAGUGAUUAUAAUAAUAAAACGAUAAAUCCGCUGACGGGUAAAACGAGUGGAAUGACAUGGCCCUUAAAUUACUAUCAUUGGUCAUUUACGUCGAUAUAAAUUUCUAAAUAUAGGUACUUAUCAAUAAGGGUCUAGAUGUCAAAUACCCCAUUGACCUUUUUUAAAAUUUAAGUAUUAUGUACAUUACCGUUAUAGAUUUCUACUUAUGGUCUCUACUCCAAAAAGGAUCAAAAUAUACUUGCGGAAUACGAUUUCAGAUGUGUUUUUAUAAUUUAAUAUUAGGAUACUAUACAAACGUUACUUAUCUAAUAAGUAAAUAUUUAAUCGAUUGAAUGUGCUGGCAGUCCAUAUAAAUGCACCGAUAGAUGGAGAGUACGUUGUAGGUACUAAAUGAAAUUAUUCUGAAGCCAAGCACAACGCAUCUAUAUUAUCCAUUUUAUAAUUUGUUUGUUAUUUAUAUACAUAAAACUAUCUACCAAUUAUAUCUUGAUUGUCUAGUUAAAAAGUAAGGCAAUAUUAUACUUAUGAAGGUCUUUUUUAUAAGCCUUCCUCUUCCCCCCUCUGAAAGCCUUAACUAAUAAGUUCGUACCCUCCCGCCUUCUAUGCAGUUAACAAAAAUUGUCCAUCCCCUCCUAACUAAAAUUACGCCACGAGUACUUUUACUUAUUACCGCUUAUCAUGAAACAAAAAUUACAAGUACUUAAUAGGCUGAUUACAUGAUGUUUAACACCAGUAGGUCUAUAAAAUCUAAACAUAUGUAAACACCAUUUGUAUAAUAUUAUGUUUACUGAAUCCGGCAAACAGUUUGUCGAAAAGUGCGUUCAUGUAGCAAAACCGUUGCGCUAAACAAUAUCACGAAUUGUUUACUCAAUGAGCAAACAGUUUAUUUUAAUAUACUCGUCAACAGGCAUGUCUAUUGACGCGUAUAUAAUAUUAUAUUCGGUACAGACGUAUAGUUAAUAAUUUGCCGGCGCACACUGUGGAAGAAUUUGCGAUUUUGUUUGUCUAAUAAAUUUAAAACGGCCGCGUGUCCUCGCAUCGUUGAGUAUAUAGAGGCGUCCAAUCGUAUUAAGCAUUAUGAUUCAUAAUAUUUAUAAUAUUCGUACUUUGUUUUCAAUAAACGAACUACGUAGCUGACAGAUAACACUUUAAUAGCUUAGGUACACCUGUAACUUUCUUUUGGCUACAUUAUUGGUACGUACCUAGUUAUUAAUUAUUAUUGACAAAAUAAACAUUAUUUUAGAUUCUGAGUGAGCGUAGCGAAGAAUGUAUUGGUUUUACUAAGGUUUUUUUUUUUUUUUGUAACUGUGUACAAAAAUUCUACAAAAAAUUUUGCUCAGAUAUAUGCGUACGGCUCCAUUUCUGAAAGGGAAUAUUGUCCAGAUAGUAAUUUUGGGUGGUCAUUUUUUGAUUUUCCAUGCGGUUUUCAUAAUAUGACAUAUUACGUAUUUUCGGCAAAACAACACUAUUAACCUAACUUCGCUCAGAAUCAUGUUUCGUUAGCAAUGGUUUAUCAUUGCUUACAGAUAUACAUUAAAUUACCUAUAACAAUGGCUACACCCGACCCCAUUUUUAUCCUAGGACGUCUUUUUUUUACUUAUUGUAAAAGGUUAAUGAGGAGCCUAAGUUCUAAACUUUAAUAGUCUGUUCCAUGUAUCAGUUUAUUGAUACAGUUUAAAUAAAUAAUUAUUUAACAGUGUUAGAAAUUCGUUAGUAGAUACCUAGUAUAAUACACAAAUGUUUCAUUGUACUAUUUUUUAGUAGGUAUAGUUGAAUUUUAUGAUAACUAUGUACUAAUAGCAAUAUAUAAUUACUAAAGAUACUCAUUACAGUAUUAUUUUACCAAUUUAAAAUUUAUUAAUUUAAAGAUAAUUGAUAAAUGACAAUAAUUGAAAUAGGUACUUGCAGUUUAAUAUAUAGAUAUAUGUAUUCAAACAGUUUGCCUACAGUGUUUUGUUUCCGUUUCUGCUUCGUUCUAUAUCGUAUAUUAGAGUGCCUUUAAAAUAAACUCUAUGCCUGGCAUAUAGGUGAUGCUAGGGCGCUUACGGCAAAGUGCUUAUACGCAGUAGUGGCGUGCGGUCAGGGCACGGCCGUUCGAAAAGGAAGAAAAAAUAAUGUGUUUAAUUUAUAAUGUAAAAAGUAGGCGAUAUGUAAUGUUGUAAUGUAAGUUUUUAGAUUUGGAGGGUAGCGGGGGAUCUAUUGUAUUUUUUUUUUUAAUUAUUGUGGAUACAAAAUAAUAUACUCUAUAUACAAUAAACUGGAUAAUUUCUUUAUCAUGAAACAGCAGGAUUUCAAGUGAAUUUGAUUUCUGUUUUUUUUUUCUUUUAAUAAUUGCGGUAUUGUUUAAGCUUUAUUUUAACACUAUUUUGACUCCUAAUCCUUAUGACUGAAAUUAAUAUUCACUUUGGAUUUAAAUACAAUUUAUCCUUACCCCAUUUUCAAUUACAGUUUCAAAUAGAGAAAUUUCGUCUACAUAUUUCGAUAUGCGUAACACUAAUAUCAUAUUUUAAAUGAUAAAUGUACUAUUCUUCUCUACUCCUCCGGUCUAAAUUCAAAAUUGCUAUAACUCAUAAAUCGAUCAAUCUGAUAUAUUAUUGUUAUGCAUAUCAAAAUAUUUAGAAAAAUUUUGUUUAUUAACUUAUAAAACUUUAUUUGAAUCUGAUGUCACUAUUAAAAAUCUAAAGUGGUUACUCACGUUGGCAUAUUUUUGCCUUUAUUUUUUAUUAAUUUAUCUUAAAAUAUAUUCGUAUUCAUAGAAAUUGAAAGAAACGCGACGCGAAGUAUGGGUGACCAUUUAACGCUAAUAACAUGAAAAACAACCGACGACGAACAACUCAUGUUCAGAGAUAAUUUAUCGAUUGGUAAUGAGUUUUUUUAUUGACGUUUUACAGACGAAAUUGACGAGUUGAUUUGUAAAAUUGAUGCCACGUAUCCGUGGGAAUAACCGGACACCAAGCAGUCUGCGCUGACUGAAAGGCGCAAGAGAAAUAGGCCCGACAGCGAGCCACCGAAUAUAAGAGAAAACAACGGAUUUUUAAUGACAGCAUCUUUACGUGACGGCGACUAAUUCCGAGCGACCAUCAUACUGGUAAACACCCCGUAUUCCGAGUCCAUUUCGUCGACGACCUCAGCCUUAGAAAGCCCGACGGGAAACUUGUUACGCGAUCUGUUCCGGGAAAAACAAGAAGAGGAACGUCUGGAUCGCCGAUUACGUCCUACCCCUUCCCUUACCCCCCAUUCCAGUCAAAUCUCAGCCCUCGCCUCCUAAUAUCCGACAUCAUAUAACCGUUAUUUCGGUCCUUAUCCGUGCCCAAUACCCCUGAAAUCGUACAUACAUACGUUCGUGACAAUAUCAGACCAUGGACAACCCCGCGGCUGUAUUGGCGGACGACGCAACCGAUUGGACGCCCAUCACGCCGUCUGCCAACGUUCACGAUGGCACGCUGAAUACGGCACACGCCACGCAGCCACCCGUAUCUUCUAACGAGCAAGACAAAUUCCAAAAUAGGCCACCACAGCAGCAUUACACCCGCAACGCAUCGACCUUUUCCAUAGACAUUCCUGCAAACCUGGGGCUGAUGACUACGUACGGCACGGUCGGCACCAACAACGGAUCAAAGACUUCGUCCACGUGAGUACCUACACCAUUUCAUUGAUUUAGGUUGAUGUGCAACAGUGUGCGAAGUACUGUAUUAAACAGACCCCUUACUGAUGUCGGUUAUACUUGGGGGGGGGAUGAAAAAAAAAGUUCAAUAUACUAAUAUAAUAUACGAGCAUAACACCAGCAGCAGAGCAGAAUUAAGUCGUCCGUAGGCCCUAUAUGGGCAAAAAUUUUUAUCGAGUUAAUGUUUUACUUUUAAAACUGGCGCAUUAAAUACAAUACACUAUACCAUACCGACAUUACUAUUUAUUUGCAAAUACAAGAGUUUACUAUUUCACGUUAGUAUAAACAAGUAUACAAAAUUCCUAAUAUACAUAGUACCAGGUGAUCCAUUCAAGUGGGUACACUCGUUAUCUCGGAGAGUGUUAACUUUUUCCGGAACUUGUUUUACUAGAAAAUUUAAUAAACAAGCAGUGUUGAAUCCAGAAAAUUUAUCUGGGGAUGGGGCAUUACUAUACUCUAUGCUCUAUGCUCUGUACUAUGCUCUAAAAUUGUAUGUUUAUGUAAUCAUUAUUUUUGGGGCUAAAAUCACUACAUACUUUUGAUUUUCAAAUAGUAACUUACAUUAAAAAUUGCAUAAAGGAAUUAUUGGUUAAAAUAAAUUUAGUGUUGAAAUUUUUGAUUUCCGUUAAUCCGUUGAUAAGAUUCCACUUUUAAAUUUUAGUUGGAAGAGAGUAAUGGAGUAUCAUUUGUGUGGCGAUACGGCACGGGGAGUCCUACAUUGCUGUCCGAAUGCUAAUUUUCAAUCAGAUUUGUGUCAGUGAGAGGUCCAUAUAUACGUAUAUAUUUAUUUUCACCCCUUCAUUACUGAAAAAAAAUAACUUUAUUUUUUGCACUUAAAAGAAUUUUUGAAAUAGCUAUUUUGUAAAACAUAUUAUUCUAUCCAAUCAAUAGUUUCUUAGUAUAAGCCGUUUUAAUUUCAAACCGUUUGUAUUACGAGUUAUGAUUAUGGUUCGUGUAACGUGGUGGUUUCGUUUUCACAUUUUUUUCUAGAUAUUAAAACGAUUAUUAUUGAGAAACUUUUGGUUGAAUAUGAAUGUGUGAAACAUUCAAUUUUUUAGAAUAAUAUAUUUUACCAAUUGGUUAUUUUCAAAAUGUUGAAAAGUGAAAGUAUAAAAAUAUUUUUUUUCCAGUGAUUAAAGGAUGAAAAUGAAAAUUAAAUUUUUCUUUACAUUUGUGUCCUUCUAGCACAAAACUUUUUUGAAAAAAAAAUUUAAUUGACAGAGUUAUUUCCAUUCGUAUAACACUGUAAGAUAUUUAUAUCUUAUAUAUCAAUAUUUCCUUCUCGAACAACGAAAAAACCGUUAUUAAUUGUGAGCUUAAAACCGGCUCCGUUAGUCUUCACGUUAGUGUUGAUAGAAGAUAAUUAAUAAUAAAAUUAUAUUUUUUGGGGUGUUAUAUGGUAAUUAUAAGAAUACACAGAAUACGACUGUGGCGGCGGCGACGUGGCAAUGUUCUCGAGGGUGCUGAAGUGGAAUUCGUAAAUUUCUACUAUAUUUGAAUCAUUUCAAAAUAUUUUAUUUGUAAAGAAUAUAUAUCCCUCCCGAACAGCAAAUGCUCCGAUAUGUUUACUAAACUACUAACUUUUUUUAAAUAGAGAAUACCAAGUGCUCGACCGGAAUUAUUGAAAUUAUUGUGUUUUCCGUUUUUUUUCUUCCAUAUUCAAAAAAUAUACUGAAAAACGAACAAAAUAAGAAAAAUUCAUAAAUAUUGUUUAGAUUUUUAUUUACGUUUGAUUUUUUUUCGUACCUUUGAUUUUCAAUCUUUUUUUUUUCAUGACGAUAUUAUAUUUAUCCUCAUGUACGACUGAAGUAGUUGAAUUAUUUUCUAAAAACUUCAUAAAGAACAAAAAUAUUUGAACAGGGUAAGUAGACAUAUUUUCCAAAUGCUAAGUUAAGCGAUUCACGGGCAUUUGCAGUUCUUUAACCUGAUAUACUGCUUUUUUUCAUUAUUACCUACGAUUUUCGGUUCAAUUGAUACAUCCCCGACAGAAAAUGUGCCUACCGCAUCUGUGCCGGAAUCCGUUAAAUCACUUAUAGGUGUCUUUUUUUUUUUUUAAGGAAUACUAUACUAAUCAUUUUUUACGAUUUUUCAUUCCGCGGUAUAAUUAUCAAUUUCAUAUUUGCAUACCGUAAAUAUUACAAUAGAAUACAUAGGUGUAACUAUGUUAUUUUUGUUUGACUCAUUAAAUAAUUUGAAACGUGUACAAUCUACCGAAAAUUUAUAUUAAUCGUAUAACAACAUUAAUAACAUGUGAAUUAUUAACGUAUUGACUGAUUUGAUAUUACGUGAGUGUGUGUACACCAUUGUGUACAGUACCCUUCACGAACACGUGCGGAUGAUUGUAGCGCGCUUCUUGACGAUUGCGGCCACCGCGCACCGCCACCGUCGAUAAACAAUACAGACCGAGAUAUUCCGUAUGUUCUUAUCAUAUGACAUAUGAUGCAUAGACCUUACUGAAAAUUUUGCCUAGUUGAUACUAGUUUGGUCUACCCUGUGAUGGCAUCACCGAUAACAACCGCAUUAUAGUCCACCGAUAUCUAAUCGACCGACCCGUAAACAAGGUGAAUGAUAAAGCCAUCUUAGAUCGCGGAUGAAUUUAGGAACACGAGGACUAAUAUAAUGCACUGGCGUCGAACAGGCUGGAGUUGAUCCCGACAUCUAAAAUUUACACAUUUAUGUGGGUAGUAUUCUGGUUGGGUCACGGGUUCACUCGCGGGGGUACUAGACAAUUCAUAUUAUUAAUAGUGAUUAUUAUAGUUUGAUCGUUUAAAAAAAAAAAAAAAACACGAUAUUCAUCUUAAUAUCUUUAUUAUAAUUGUAAUUGAAUUCUCUUCUUUUCGAAAACUUUUCAAGUGUUGCCAGAAAACGUUUACAAUAUCCAAGCGGGUGUUUAUUGAAGACCCCUCCCCCCGUAACCCCAAAAUCCUGGCUACGGCAUUGUCGUCUGUCCGAACCAUUACUUAUAGGGUCUUAUAGACUCGACUCGGAUGCGGCCCACGCGACGCGACCUGUUACGCAAUAUUAAUAAAUUGUCUGUCAUUUUCGCGGAUGCAUACACGGCGAAUAAUGAUAUCCUCUCGUAUUAUAAUAAUUGGGUAUUAUACAACAACGUUCGCGAAACGUUUUUUUAUUAAUUUUUAAUUUUGUUCGUAUAAUAAAUACAUACUAUACAGGUAGGUUAGGUUAGGUGAGGGUCUCGCGCAUAUUACCGCGGUGCAUAUAAAGUUUAUAAUAAUACGCACGGCGGUACGGCGGGACGGUUGGGGGGGGGCGGGGGGGAGGGGGGGNGGCGGGGGGUAGGGAGGGAGGGAGGGUAAUCGAAUAACUCCAUUAUUGCGCAACGGCGAAUUUUCCAUUCGAAUCCAAUCGGCGAAGGAUAUUUUAUUCCGUGUGUUAUGAUAUUAUAAUAUGCAAUUAAAUCUGGAAGGUUCCGAGCCCGUCAAGCUAUAGAUGGCCGGACGGACGUCUACACCGCUCGUGCGGUAUUAUACGGGUAAUACAUUAUGAUAAUAAUAAUUAUUAUUAUUGUAAAACGCGAGAGUAUAAAUAAUAUUAUUCGAAAUAUGCACACGCGUGUGCACGACAUAAAAAAUCGUCGAAAUUUCUUCGGUCCGCGCAUUUGAAUAAAAUAUUAUCCCGUACGUCAUUUUGUCGCGAUUUGACGAAUUCUCGCGCGUAUACUUUCUAAUAUUAUCAGCAGCUCUUAUAUUAUUAUUAUUACUAUUAUUAGCGUAUGUAUAUAUGUUUUUCUAUAGUUUUUUAAUUUUUAUUAUUUUAUUUUUUUAUCUCGGCGAACGGUUUUGAUAAUGCACACGCACACACACACACACACACAAUGCAACGUAUCAUUAUGUAAUAAUAUGCGCGCCAUACGUAAUCGUCCUACGUACCUACCUAUUAUAGGUAAUAAUAAUAAUAAUAAUGUGACACCAUAGGUACGAAUAAUGAAAAUAAUGUAUGCGUAUUAUACGCACCUAAAGUGCAACGCGAUCGUAUUAUUGUAUUAACAAUUAUUAUUGUGUUUACAAGACACGGUAGAAAAUGUCACGUUUUCCCUCUUUCUCUCUCACUCCCUCCGAACGAGUGACAAUAAAUUCUUUUAUUUCCAUUUUCGUUUUUUUUUUUCUUUCUUAUCUCCAGUCGAACAAAUCAUAAAUACACAAGUACCUACCGCGGACCUACAUAUUUAUUGUACACGGGUACUCCACUUGCGCCGCGCGCUUUGUUUAUCAUUUCGAUUAACAUAAAGAUUUACAUAUAGAGGCGCCUGUCUAUAUUAUAGCUAUAACAUCUACGUUUCCUUGGAUUUGCCAAAAAUCAUUUCGACAAUCAAUAUUCAGUACAGUAAUGUCGUGCGUCUCUAAUAAAUAUAAACACCCACUAUAUUAUGCGCAUUUGAUCGAGAAUUAGUAGAAUAUCGUUACGUGGCGUUCAGUGGCGCGAGAUUUGAAUUUGGAAAUUUGUCCGUAUUGUUUAACGUGUACCCGGGCUAUAAACUCCCCCCCUCCCCCGAUCAAUUUACCAUUUACUAUUCACAUCCAACCUCCUUCAUAAUAUACCAUAAUACAGUGGUUCGGAUAGGUAUCGUUCGAAAUAAGAAAACGUACGAUAUUGUGUAUCUCCCUAAUCUCCCCCGUAAAUACGCCACCGUAUCAAUAAUGUAAAUAAGUUUUAUCUCGGAUAAAAUACACGCCCUAUGCAUAUAUUAUACUGCAGAUGCUUUCUGUUUCUUUUCUUUUUUUCUCUAAUCGUUUAGCCGACAACGGCGAGAGAUCUGUUUUCGCAAUACUUCCCCGACGCUGUCACACUGCGCACACUGUAGGUCGUUCUAAAUUGAAUCGAUAGUAAUAUUUUAUAAUCGCAAUAUAAAAUCAAAUAUUAAAUUUUGAUCUAUGGUAAUAAUAUUAUGACGUAGCUAAUUCGUGAAAUCGAUCUUUUCGCGGAACGGAAACGCGCUUUUCACAAAAAAAAAAAAUUAUUUCACGAACCGGUCACUUUUUCGUUAAACGGACUCUCGCAUCUGACAUCGCGGAAUUUUGUUCACAAUACAGUCAUCGUGCAACUUUGCGCACCGGAAAAAAAAAACAAAUUCACCUAUAACCACACAACUUUAAUAUCAUACUGUUAUGAUAUUAUUAGGUAUUAUAAUAAAUCACACGUAGGAACGAUUAUAAUUUGGCGAACAACCAUAUCAUAGACAUUCAUUGUCUCCGAAAGCGUUAACGUUUCUGUCGGAAUUUGUUUUUUUAGAAUAUUUAUAAUAGUAAACAAGCGGCUCUAAAAUUGAACGUUACUUUUAUUAUUCGUCACGCUUACUUUUGCCGGUGAAACCUUCUCAGUAUCUACUAUUGUUUUUUUUUUUUUCAAAUAGUAAUCUAUGCAUUGCAAAUUCUACGAACAGACGAAGGUUUAGUUCGAAUGUUGACGUUUUUAAUUACCGCCCACCCGUUGACCGGAUAUUUCAUUUUUACGUUUUAUCAGUUUGUGCAGCGUAAGCGGAGAAUAAUGGGAUACCGUCCAAACAUUGCACGCAUCAACAAAACCAACAAACCAACAAACAUGACGCUUCACUAACCCUUCCUGCUGCUUGUUUCUUAAAUUUUCUAAAUACGAUCAAAUUCUCCCCCUCCCCCAAAAAUAAAAUAUAUGUUUUCCGAGACAAUCACAUUGUCUUGCGUUAUGUCCACCACCAUGUAUAACUUUCCAGAUUUUCUAUUAUGCCUCGAUAUGUAACGGAGUACAGGCACGGUUUCUUCGUGGUUCAUAAAAUGCCAUUCUCUAAAGGUUUCAUAUUCACAAAUGAAAAAGUAUUAUUUUAGGGGGAUUGGAGGCGGCGAUUUGUAGUCUUGCACACGUACAACAUAGGAAUUUAGACGCGUUCUAUUUCCAAUGUGCCGUGAUUGGUCUAGUGAAACGAUAAGAAUAUUCUGAAAGUAGAUUUAAAUUUGUCGUCGUGUCUACUUGAAAUCAAUUUUUCCAAAUUUUUGUAAUACAAAGACAGAAAAUUCACCGCUCUCAGUCCACUUAAUAAACCGUACCAGGCAGACUGAUCGAGUCGUCUAUGAUUUCGGAAAUAAUUUUGUUCUUUCGUCGAUUUCAACAAUAUACAUAAAAUAAUCUGUGGAGAAGGGAGGACGAUUGGUGAAUUUCUCUCGCCCCUCUUGAGGUUUUCAUCGUUUAACAUCAGUAAUUAUACUCUAUUGACUGACAUUUUGUUGUUUUAUAGUUACAUUUAUACAUUUUGGUACCUACCUAAAUAAAUACUUUAAAUGUGAAAUACCUAUAUUCAUAAACUAUUGAUAUUCGAAAGGAUUUGAACAGGAGCGUGCUCAGAAAAGUCCAACGAAGAGGGGGGGGGGAUGGGUUAUGGACAAUUGUUUGCAAAUAAAACCAUCGGCAUUUGCAUAAUAUUUUCCUAAUUAGAGUAAUACAUUUCCAACACGGAUAAUGUAAGUGGUGGAACCCGUCGACUUGAAAUUCGUGCCCUGUGCCCUCAAAAUCGGGACAUAAACGCCACUAAAUAGGUACCUGUGUCCGAUAAAAGUUUUAUUAAACAGUAGAUAGGUACAGCGUACACGAAUGAUAAUUAUUGCUCGUCGUUAAAACCAGACAGUUGAAUGUUUCAUGAAAAAAAUGAUAAUUUCGUGAAACGUUUUCGUAAGGGUGAACGUUCGGUUUCCAUUUCAUAAAAAACUGACGACUUUUAUCGAAAUGGCGAUAUGUUUUUUAUAAUUUCGAUACUAUUUAUAAUCGAUUCUAAAAAUGACGUUCAACCAUGUUCAUAAUAAUAUUACUAUGCGUGGUUAUAAAAAUACCGUUUUCAAAAUUUAGAGAUUUCAAUGAUAUUAUAAUACCGUUGUGUUAUAACAACAAACUAUAACCUGUUAAAACGCAACGCGCCUAAUAUAUAUACGCAUAAAAGAAAAAAAAAUAAAUCAAAUUUAUUUUUAUUUAAAAUAUUUAUUAAUUUUAUUAUUAUUAUCGCGGGACCGUGCCGGCAAAUAAAUUAUGAUAAAAAAAAAAAUCGCUAUCGUGCUUCGUGCAGGCGGGUAUUGUUCGGUUAAAACCGCGAUCAAAAGCAUUUAAAAAAACAACAGCGAUUGCCAAACUUAAGUUAUUAUUUUCCUUCUUUUUUUUUUUCUUUAUCGAUUUUUUCGUCGUAAAAAUCCUCGACAUUGUUUUGGCCGGAAAAUGCACGAGGAUAUAAAAUACAUUAUGAACUCGUAUCAAAUACUUCCGGUGUCCGUACGCCGCACCGCUGGAUAUGCAGGGGGGGACAGGACCCGUUUGGACCAAUUUUGAAGACCAGUUUUGGGCUAAAAAUGACUACUUUUAUACAGUCCGUUUGGACCAGAAUUUUCCGUUAUAUUAGUUUGACUGAACGUUUAUUUAGUGAGCCUUUAUAUAGUAGGAUUUUAUCUGUGUUUUCUUAUCGUAUUUAAGACAUUGAUACACAGAUAUCUAUUACAUAAAGAUAAUAGUUAUAGGUAUAUAUUUAAUACAACUGAAUUUUCGGUAUGUUUUAAAACUAAAUUGACAUACAAAAAUUGUAAGUAAAUAAUUUACUUAUUAUUUAAUUUAACAAUUUGUUUUCGUAGUUUAAUUGAACGUUUAUUUAUCGAGCCUAUAUAGAAAUUUAAAAGUAUUGGCCCAAACGGGUUCACUAAAUCCUGUUCCGAAUGGGUUGCAGUUUUAUAAGCGGCCCAAACGUUCCGGGUCCAAACGUGCUUCGCCCGCAGGGAGCGAGGACGUGGUGCGCUCAGGUUUUCCAUAGGUUCAGCGAGUUUUCCACAUUCCGACUUCGUUAUGUUCCAAAACGAUAGUAACGCAGAAGCAAUCGAUUAAACACGUUUGCAAUAUUGCGCUAUCCGAUUGUUCGCCAGUUAAACACGAGUCAAUCAUGACUUUUCAAAUACAAUAUGGUAUUUACGGAUGUACCUAUUCAAUAUAAUAUAUUAGGUUUUAGGUAGGUCGAGAUCUGAGCGUCAGUAACAAGUGGAGACAACAAGACGGCUUAUCCGUUUUUGUUCGCCUUUGUAUCCCAGCUGCCUUAAUUCCAAUGUUUCGAAACCAGCAUAAAAGGGGAAGGGGAGGGGGGUCUCCGCUUUGAAUUCAAUCAUUGCAAGGGGCGCUCAGUUUUCUUUAAUCUCAAUCUUACGGUCCCUCUUCUUUUCCGAUUCGAGCGCUGGUUUUAAACACGCUGAAAGCAAGACCGUCUGCAGUAAAUAUGACGGCGUGUAGUAUUGUACCUAAGUAAACAAAUAUUCGGAAACGAUGUUUUUCCUCGCGACGGUUUUUGGUAAAUAUGUUUUUUUUUUUUAGGUCGUCUCGUUUCUAACGACGCAUAUUUAGCGCGUAAUUGGGAAAUUUCGUCGAGUCGAAACGACGAUAUAAAUAUAGGUAUUAAUAAUAAUGAUACGUCUGCGACCAGACGCGGCCAAAGAAACGUCCGACAAAGAGCUUUCAGAUUUCUGAAAUCGUACUAGAAAAAAAAAAAAAACUAUCGGAUAAAAAUAGCGCGGACAUAAUUGUAUACGGGAAUACUGCAGUAUUUAAAAUAUUAUAAAAGGUCCUAGGAAAAGAGAAACGAAAAAAACUGUCGUACGACAAAUCGCGCAAUCGUCGAUAGUAUUGUUUUUUUGUAUUAUUACACAUGUAAAAUAUUACGACGACUACGUCGCACGCUGAAAUUACCGACAUAUUAUUAUUAUUUCGUAUAAUAAUAUGUAAGGGCGUAAAUGACGAAAUGUAAUGAGAAAAAAAAAAUUAAUAAUAAUAAUAUUUACUGUAAUAUUGUAAUAAAAUUGGUUUUUUUUUUUUGUGUGUGUUUGUUUCACGUUCUUCUCCGGGGCCACAUCAAUCUCAUUUGGACGUCUCUCUCUCUCUCUCUUUCGCUCGCUCACUCUUUGCCGUCAAUCCGCCGCAAACCGACGUCGUCCAAACCCUACUACUCGUGAUCGUAUAUUUUAAUAUACCUACGACGACAUCAACGUCUUUGUGCGACACGGGCUACGAUAUUCAUUCUUUGCUCGUCGUUCUUCGUGCGUUAACGUUCCGCGGACCCGACCGGCACGUUAUCUCACCGUACUUACGCGUGCCAAUGCGUAUCGUCGCGCUUUAUCGCCGUCACCGUUGCAAACAACAACCACCACCGCCGCCAACACCAACACCACUACCACAACCACAACAACAACAACAACAACCGCGACCGCAACAGAAUGAAACUGUCCGAGUAUUCGAGCAGCGGCAGCAACGGCAGUAGCAGCGUGGACGGGACUCCGGCGUCCGCGGCGUAUUCCGUCUCGGCCGGCGGUAACGGGACCGUGGCCGGCAACGGCACCAACAAGGCCGGCCGUCGCCGGAAGACCGGGAAAAAGCAGCCGCGAUACGACCCGUUCCAAAUGCGCGACAAAUCAAAGGCGACUACGUGAGUGACAAUAUGACCCGCGACGGUGCUGUGACGUUACAUACAUAACGGCCAAAUACUUGCGGGGGGGGUGUCUCGCCGGUGUUUGACGGAUGUCUUCUCGAGCCGUUAAUUAUGGUCGUACAGGCUUGUGACUGAAAAAAAUAAAAUACAAUAAUAACCCGGGUGUUUAGAAUCUGCAGAAAAGCGCUUAAAAACGCUAAAAGAACUCGGGCAAAUUUUUUUUUUUAUACAAUCAAAAAUUACAUUUUUUUUUAAUACUUUACGAUUUUAUUCAAAAAAACUUGUGUUAAUCAUUUUUGUAGAGUGCGGAAAUUGUAUUUUAUAAGCCAGAGCCGUUGGAGGGUGGGUUUUUUAAAAACAUAAUACCAUUUUUUUUAUUUUUCUAAGCACAUUAUCGUGUUUUUUUUUUGUCGUUUUUAAUCGCUUUUUUGCGGAUUUUAAGUGCAUAAUGUCCCUAGCCCUAAUAACAACUUUAACAAAACGUUCAAAACGGUCAACGGUUUGUAAACGAUGUUAUUCUCGACGUUUUAACGUGUCAUAAUCGAUCAUUAUAGUUUUGCAGUAAUAUACAGGGGAUGGAAAUAAACAUUUAAUUUAUCUAGAACUGUAGAAAAGCAGAUUGAAUAGCAUUAAAAAUAUGCAGAGAAACAAAUCGAAUAUAUACCGCUCGAGAAAAAUCCGUCGAACACCGUCGGGACAUUCUGUACACAAUAUUAUUAUAGAACUCGACAGGCAAAAAGGGAACUUCGAAUAAGUUACAUUCCAUUAUAAAUACAGAUACUUUUCAAAAAUAUUUAGAAAUAUAUAUAUAUUUUUUUUUUUGCAAAUAUAAUAUCCCAUAGAGUCGUUGACACGACACCGAGUAAUAAAUUACACGCAGAUAAUUGGAAGAAUCGGUCGCUGUUCAAUCCAAGGUUUUACAUGUAACUUAAAGCCGUAUAAACUAUACUUACAAACGUUUUUAACCUUAACGCAUAGGUAUAUGGUACAUAUACACAGGCUGUUAAUUUAAUUAAUUAACACAGAUGCUUAAUAAUUAAUAAUUUUACAGUCCAAACAUUAAAUUUUAAAUCCACGCCACAUUGAUCGUUGAGAGGAACGGACAAAUGGAUAAAUUACCUUUAUAAUGCCGAGUAAAUUGUACCUAUAGCUGUGAGAUUUAGAUAAUGGGCAACGGCGUCUAGACACUGCUAAAUUUGUCCGUCUGAACGGCGAUUAUUAUAAAAUUAAAAUCAAUAUAUUCGUGAAAAUGAAACGUUUUUCGUAACUUACCUACGUUGUAACAGUUUAGCGCAAUACUGUUUGUUCAGAUUUAAAAUAUACUGGACAGAGUUUUUAAUAAUUAUAAAAGAAUUUGUAGAAAAAAAAAUUAAAUUUCAAAUACUUUCGAAAAAUAUUUUAAAUACAAUAUCUAGUAAUUAUUUUUCUUAAAGCGUUAAUACGAGGAUCCGUAUACUUAAAAAGUAUUCCAUCGAUUUUAUCUAAAAUACUUCAGACCGACCAACCGAUAUACGUCCGCCUAAUGUUACAAUAUUAAAAGAAAAAUAUCGGUAGUGUACAAGCAGAUAGCUUUUAUCGAGUAUUAUUGGAUAAAAAAAAAAAAAAAAACCUCUAGAAUUGGAAUGAAUACCCAUACACCUAAUAGCAAUGUUCAAUUUAAAUGUGUGACAGUAAUUUAAUUUCGACUAAAACUAUAAUAUUAUAAAGUUGUUAUUUAUUAUAAUUAUUAUUUUUAUUUUUCACUGAUCUUCUUUUUAGGAAAUAUAUUAAAAGAAAAACAAAAAUAGUAAGUAACCUAUAUUUUUAAUUUUUAAUUUUAACAUUAGUUUUAUUUCACGAAACAACUCUUUUAGAGUGUGAAAUAAGUAUUUCAGAAAUAUUUUUUUUCUUCUAUCAAGUUUGAACGUUAUUUAUUUGUUUGCGAUCGUUUUAGACGAUAUUGUCAAAAUAUAUCUUAUCGGUUGUAUGCACAGUAAAUAUUAUAAUAACAAUUAAAACGUUUGGUCCUUAUUCUCAUAUGAUUUACUAUAUUGGUAUUUGCGUGUAAUUUAUUUAUUCGCGUUUUUUGUAUUGAUUUAAACGAAAAUUAUUAUGAUUUCACGCGGUUAUGUUUAUGAUAUCGCUGGGACACAUUUUUGUUCCAUGAAUGGAACGUGAGAAAUGUAUUUGAACGCGUUUUUCACACACUUGGUGACUUUUUGCUUCGACGGCGAAGAUAUGCCUAUACUAUUUUAACAUUAUAACUGCUAUAAUAUGUGCGUUUGAAUCAUUUUGUUUCCCCUCUGUUUCCCUUUGACCAUUGCAGCGACAGCGGCGCCUUAUUGCAUUUAAUAAAGAGCAGCCUUGGUUCCGGUAUUCUGGCUAUGCCGAAUGCGUUCAAAAACGGCGGGCUCAUUUUCGGACUCGUCGGCACCGCGGCUAUCGGUGCGUUAUGCACCCAUUGCAUUUACCUGCUGGUGAGUAAAAUAACACUUUUAUUACGUCACGAUUAUUAUUAUUUCCCUUGGCCCAAUCCGGUACCGGUGGCGUGGCGUGAUGUAGUCAGUAUACCGUAAGCAACACUAACCUACACUAUCGAGUAAUAAUAAUAUUUUGAACUGUUUGAAGUCAAUGUGCGAAUACGUCUGAUCAGAGUUCCAAUAUGGCAUUGUCGUAUGGGGUCGCACCAACGCUAAUAGUAUAGUAUAAUAUAUUAGCACCAUGCUAUUGAUAUAAUCACGACGAUUGGUCGUGUGACAAAUUUAAAAAUUGGCUUAUAAAUGCAUCUCCUUAUUCAUCGUUUCAAAACUCCGAAACGCACAUGUAUAAUUUGAUGUUAGAAUUUGAUCACGGCUUGAAUUGUUCAUUUAAAAAUAUAACUACCUAUAAUAUUUAAAAUAACUGAAAAUGUAAGCAACGCUUACACAUUGGUAUAAUAUAAACGCCCACGCCACUGUUCGGUACGUAUUGUACGUUGACUUUUUUGUUUGUGAUACGCUAACAUAAACGGUUCACGGUCUUAUAUAAGUACAUACGUAUAUAAUAUAUAUCGUACAAGAUGAUUCACUAAGCGUACUAUUCCCAUUUGUUUGGUAAAAUUUUACAUAUUACAUUCAAAUUCUGAUUUUUGGAAUUUUUAUGGGUGGUUAAAAACGAUAUUUUCCAACACUUAGAAUUUUCAUAGCGUUUAAGGAGUAUCCUGUAGCGAUACCAGCUAUGAUUUUUCAAACGUGAACCUAUAUUAAAAAUUGCAUAUAUAGACGGAUAGUAUUACUUUAAAUAAUUGUUGGUAUCAAAAUGUUUGAUUUCCGUGAAUCCGUUAACGAGAUAUUUUACUUUUGAGUUUAGGUAGGGUUAGAUAGUAGAGAAGUAUCAUUCGUGUGGUGGCACGGCGCGCAACAUUUUAUUAGUGCUCCACUAUUCCGGUUCUCAUUUGAAAAACCAAAGUCGGUAUCGCCACAGGAUACUCCUUAAAUGUUGUGAAAAAUCCAAUUAUUCGAAAAUAUCGGCUUUAACUAUCACCCAUAAAAAUUCCUAAAUCUGAAUAAGACAUCUGAAUUUGAAUACAUGCAAAAUCUAACCGAAAAAAUAGGUUGAACACGCUCAGUGAACCAUCCCAGCUGUAUAUUAUUAUACUAUAUCAGCGGUUCUUAAACUUUGGUGCACACGAUGAAAGAUUUUUAGAAAUCGCGGACCCCCUACCAACACCUUUUUUUUUUUUUUUUAUUUUACAAAAUAUCUCAUGUUAUCGUAAUCAAUAUUUACCGAUAGAGCCAUCGCGGACUUCCAGGGGGCCGCGGACCAUAGUUUAAGAACUGUGGUACUGUAUAAUAAGUAGGUUAAAUCUACCGAUUAUUUAGAAAAGGCCGGAAAUGUAAAAAUGUACUGUCAAACCUAACCUAACCGUAACAUGUUUUUAAUUAACAAUGUCCGUAACCGUUUUAUUUUAUAGGUACUCUGCUCUCAAGCUCUAGCUCGGCGUACGCGUCGUCCGGCUCUGGGCUUCGCCGAUACAGCCGCCGCUGCAUUUAGUACCGGUCCACGUCGGUUCCGCGCCUGGGCUCCGUUUGCCAGGUAUGGAACGCUUACAAAACUAACACCCACAACAAAAUGAAUACGUUGCGCGUUCGUUUGAUUGCAAUAAAUUAUUUUAAAAAUAAUAAUUAUUAUUCUGGUCUCGUUUCUGUUACCAAAUUCAAUAACAUUACGUUACGCAAUUAUACCACGUGUUUAGGCGAUUCUUUUUGAAAAGUAAUGCAUUCCACAUUCGUCAUUACUCAUUUUCAUAAUGAAUGCAUUCCAUUGUCAGGUUAAUCGAAAUUAAGUAGGCAUUCCAGAAAAAAAAAAAUAAUAAUAAUAAAUAAAAAACAAACCCGUGUUCAUACUUCGCACGGUUGGUGGGCCACUAAUGUUAUAAUAGUGCCUACAGUAGAUGAGAAGUUCGGAAGGUAGAGAGGUAAUCCAAUGUAUAUCUGUACGCAAUGAUUAACCGUUGUUAACGAAAAACGAUUCUGAACGGAGUUAAUUGUGUGGCUUUUUCAACAAUAAAUAUUAUAUAUGUCAUAUUAUGGUAAAAUAAUUACGUAUGCAAUAUUUUAUAAUUUCUUUAAUAAUAUUUUUUAAAUAUUGUGACUUCCUUUUUUCGCAUUUAUUGGGAAAAAUUAAUGUUCCACCCCAGUCAGAUUUUUUUCAGAAAAAAAUGCUAUAAUUGCGAAUUGGAGAAAAAUUGUCCACAGAAAAAAAAAUUAAUAUUAUUGUAAAACCAAUACAUUCCUCAUUGCUACGCUCAGAAUCUAAAACCUGAUACUAGGGUUAGGUAGUGGAGUUUUUAUGGAGGGGCCGAUCCAAGACCCCACACUCUAAGUUUGGAUUACAUAAAUUAGGUUUUGUUUUGUUAUUUUUAAAUCAAACUCAAACUUUGUUGUUGAUUAAUACAUAGGUACAUCUACAUUCAUGUAAAUAUAAGUAAAAAAAUAAUAUGUAAGUCAAUUAAAAUAAAUUAAUCAAUAUUGGGUAAAUAUCUUGUGUAUGUUAAAUAUAUUGUAAGUUAUUAUCAAAGGAUCCUCCCAGAAAAAAUUCAAAAACUGCCACUGAAGACGGGUGUGCCAAUAUUGUAGGUGUGGAAUAAGGGAGGUAGGAUACAUAAAAUUAUUAAAUUUAUAUUUGUAAGCAACGAUAACAACCGAAAACAAUAAUAAAAUUGUUGUAUACUGCAUGUAUAACAGAAGGAGAAGGGACUAUAAAGAAUCCAAAAAUGUUACUACCUAUUGUAUUUCAGCCAAAAUUCUACUGAUUAUCAAUUCGUAAAUUUCUUAUCAUUGUUUUGAAAGACUGUUGAAUGCUGAUGCAGUUAUAAUUCGUAAACUUUGAACAAACAAACAUAAUUAAACAACCGAGUCUUGAAUAUUUUCUGAGGUAGAAAUACAUAUUACCUAACGUAAUUAACGUAUUAAACGUAUUAUUUCACUUAAAUUUUAACCUGACAACUACAAGCCGGUCGCGGCCGUAUUAUUCAUAUCUCUGGUUGUGUAACCAGCGAUAAUCACACAUUAUUAAGUGUUCGGCUUAGUUAACGGUCGGCUGUAAUAUUUUUGGAAAAAUUAAUUUCGGAUAAAGUACUGUCGGAUUAAAUACUGUUCAGCGAAAAUAGAUUUUCUUCCUAUUUAUUUAUCGGCUUUUUUACUCACUGCCAUAACGUAUUGCCGAAUCAAAACUAAAGAAAAAAAAAAAAAUUGACGAUCGGAACGAGACUAGAGACGUACGCAUCAGAAAAACGUUUCAGAGGCAGUUUUUAAAAAUCAGUUAUUGAAAAUUAGAACAAUAACAUAAUAUCAAAACGGAUUAAGUUGAUAACCAUACAAAAAACCAUUAACCCGCAAUGGAAAUGUAAUGAAAAAAAAAAAAAUGAUCAUUAGUAAAACCAAUAUAGUACGUUUUUACAGCUAAUGUUUACAAACUUGAUAACAUUGAUAUUGUAUUCAUAUCUUUUAUUUUUUAUGUUUUCGGUACGCCGCUAAACCAACAAAUCACACAACGAAGGGAAUUCGUCAACGCCGCAUUGUUUUGCACGUACUAUUUCGGCAAUACCGUGUACGUCGUACUUGUUGCAGCAUCGUUCAAGCAGGUAUGUAUAUCGCAAUAUACAUCGCGUGUAACUCUGUGUAGUCUGUGUUGGCAUCGCUUUGCCGACCGAUGGUCGGCGUUAACUAAUGAUAACAAGUCCAAGUCAAGUUAAACAAUUAUUUGUUUUCAAACCCGAGCUCAACUAGUUUAUUAUUUUUAUCGUGAACUCAACUAUUUAAUUUAAACUUUCGUGAUAUAAAAUUAACUUUUUACAGUUAACUUUCAUUGAAAUUCAGUUAAACCAUAACAAGUCGAAGACGAAUGGUAUUACAAUUUUUACCGGCUGUUCUCAGUACUGCGAUUUAUCUAUUACGAUAUUUACCGUUCGAGUUGGUUUAUUUUUCAUUAAACAUGAAUAUUACUUUUUAUUGAAUAUUUUGUCCGUUCAUUGUUUGCAACACAAACAAAACAAAUUAACAUUUUUUUUUAUUUUUCUUUCUAAUCGAGUCAACAUUUCUUGCCCAUUCUUUGUUGUUUUCCAGGUGGCCGAUUCACAUACGCCCCCGGAGUGGCAUUUACCGGUCCGCGCCUGGAUCCUGGGCCUCGCCGUGCCGCUCGUUCCGCUUGGCAUCAUACGCACGCUCAGGCUGUUGGUUCCUUUCUCGGCCAUAGCCACGGCGUUCAUACUGGUCGGCUUAGGGUGCACCAUGUCAUGGGUGGUGACGGGCGCCAGCCUGUUUGCCGGCAGCGGAUCACUGGCGGCUGCCGUACCGCUACCGGAGAUCAGUUCGCGUCCGUGGAUUGCUCCCGUCGGUCACAUGCCCCUGUUUUUCGCCACAGUGCUAUUCGCUAUGGAGGGCAUCGGCACCGUAAGUACGAUCUCAAAAUAAUGAUAAAUCGGAAUUAUCGGGAUGUUUGGAUCAUGAUUAUAGAUACUAUAUCGUUGUCCGACGACCUAUAACGGAUAAAAAGCGGUGUUACCAAUCCUUCGAGGUCUUAUCGAUCAAUUCCCGAUUUAAUUGAAAAAGUUUUACCGGAAUAAUUAUUCUUAAAAAAUGAAGUUAGAAAUAAACCAUAUGGGGGUGGGGCGGAGGUAUGCCAUUGUUUUUAUAUAUUGACGAAUCGACGGUGUUUCGGGUUUCAGGUGCUCCCGAUCGAGAACUCGAUGAAACAUCCUCAACGGUUCCUUAAAGCUCGCCCUUGUGGAGUGUUGAACGCCGCCAUGACGCUGGUAGUGUGCUUGUACUCGAUAGCCGGAUUUCUGGGCUAUUUGCGAUUCGGCGACGCUACCGACGGCUCAAUCACGCUCAAUUUGCCCAACGAUUUGUACGUGUACACACGACAUAAUACUAAUAUUAUAAUCACGCAACGUGAAUGAAAAUAUUUUUUAAAAAAAACCAUAAAACGUCGUGUACUAAUCAUGUCUCUUGUAUACAUAAAAUAAUCUUGUAGGUUUGCCGAGGCAGUGAAAAUUAUGGUGGCGCUGUCCAUACUGUUUUCGUACGGUCUGCAAUUUUGCGUUCCCAGCGAGAUAGUGUGGUCCCGGUUGGAACCGUGGCUGCUCAAACGUCGGCAACACAGCAAAUACACCGCCAACAAGGACGGGUCCCCGGCGGUCGUAAGCACGAUCGCGGGCAACACGAUGACGACGGUCACGGGUUUGUCGGCGACGAAUAACAUGUCCAUAGACGAGAAGAAACAGUUAGAAAUGGAAUUGGAAGAGUUGGAAAAACCUAUGGACGGGGCGUACUAUGUGAUGCGAGGCGCGAUGAUCUUGGGCACCGGUACAGUAGCCAUACAUCAUUUAUUAUCAUCGGAUGACUUUUUUUUUUGUCGAGAAAUUCUUCCUCGUUUCUAAACUAGUAUAGUCAAAUUCAUUCGAUCAAAAAAAUCUACAAAAAAAAAAAAGAGCCGAUUCUACGCAUGAGAGUGGCCACUGUUAUAAGUGAGAAUUCGGGUGGGUAGGAUACAUAAUCAAACCGAGCGCAGUUUGCGAUUUUCGUUUAAAUUUGAUAUAUUAAUAUCAAUUAAGCAAAGGAAUAAUGCGUACUUAGAAAUAAUUGAAAAAAAUAAAAAAUGAUGGAACAUAAUUAAUUAUAUUGUACAGUCCUUGUGGGCAUGUGCGGUGUAACCGACUUACCGAUACAACCUUGAGCAGCGUGACCGCGAGUACUAUUGUAGUAUGUCCCGUAUAUUGACAUAAGGUCUAUGAUUCUGAACCACAGCUAAAUAGAUAGGCAUUUCAGCUAGAUAACCAAAAUUCACUAUCACGGUACGCAUUUAUUUGGUGUAAUGUCAUGCAUUUUCCCGCCAUAUUCAAAUUUUCGACAUUACAACAAUAUUGAUACUAUAUUAGUGUAGACCACGAUAUAAUAAAGUACUAUUGUUCAUUAGUUAAAGGGUCCAGUGCGGAUUCUCAAAUUUGUUCCAAUUUUAAAAAAUGUUAAUAUAAUUUUUAACAUUACAAUUACUACUUUAAAGAUAUGGGUUUUCCACUGAUCUACUAUCUAAUACCGGAUGUUUAGAAGGGGAAGGAGUAGUGCCGAUUUUACGGUCAAAAAUGAAUUUUUUAAGAAUCGGGAUUACUUAUUGUUGACUUAAUAUUAUGUUUCUGCCGUUUUGUAUUCACUCGAUAAAUAAAAAAAAUUGAAAAAGGGAGUUCAAUGCAAGCUGUAGGACGUCUUUAACUUUCCAACGAAAAAAAAAUGAUCUUCGAAAUCAGCCCUUUUUACAAGGCAUGAGAGUUUUUCCAGUAAAGCAUAUUUUUGAACAAAAAAAUACGCUGACACUGGGUUCCAAAAUAGUCUCCUUAGAGCAGUGGUUUUCAAACUUUUUUUGACCACGACACAUAGUCUUUUCCACAAUUUUCACUGCACACUGACCUUUUUUUUGUCAUUGUUUAAUUUUUGAAAACAAUUAGAACUAAUAACACAAAUUGAUGAGUCAUAUUUAAACGAAUCAUAAUUAAAAGAGUUAUGACUUCAUACUAAAAGAGCUGAUUACCGUAACCGGUAGUCCGUCACAAUUAAAGGAAAAUAAAUUCUAAAGUGAAUGCUAAUAAAUGCUCGUGGCAUCUAGUUUAAAAACCAUUGCCUUAGAGGCACCUCCAAAGCAUGGACGGGAAAAUAAAAAUGAUGAUAAUAAUCAUUGGUUUCUGAAAUAUUUUAUUGCCAUAAAUUGGGAUUUAUUUUCAAAUAAAAGUCCGGUACGAGUUGGCAUUUACUCGCAUUCGGGUUGGCGAGCGAAAUGAUCCGCAUAUUAGGCUGGGAAACAUUGUUUUUUAUCCCAUGCAAAUAACUUCCCCGUAUAUUGUUUUUAUAUUAUAUUUGAAAAAUAAACUAUACUUACUUACUUGAAUUAAAUGUUAAUUAAAAAAAAAAUUAACACAAAAACAAAAUGUGUUCACUACAAUUUAUUUUGUUUCUUGAUAAAAUACGGUGUACGCGUAACGAAUUGCGUCGAAAACUUGUUUAUUAGUGCGCAUUGGUUAUUUCCUCUCUAUACUACGACCGCCAGUCACAUACGCAGAACACUGUUUUAUUUGAGGGCCUCAGCAUAGACAAUUCUAGAAUAUUGUGGAACUUUUAAAAAAGUGCUGAAACUUUCUAGAGAGGUCUGGAGUUCAUCAAUAUAUUAGAAAUAAAUGUUUACUACCCACUGACACUGACACUCACCAUUACCUCUAUUAUCAUCAAUAGUGAGACACCAAAGGACUAUCAACAAACAUAACCACGAGUGGGUGGCGGUGAAGAAGAGUGAACAUUUGUUUUUUUAUUAUUAUAUAAUAUGUUUAUCAUUAUUAUGAUUAUAUACAUUAUUUAUACGGUCUUAUGUGUAUUUUUUCAGUAUUUAUAGCUGCGCUUGUACCCGAUCUGGCGCCUUUCAUUUCGCUCAUCGGCGCAGUGUUCUUUUCAAUUCUGGGUUUGAUGUGUCCUGCUAUGAUCCACUUGUUUGCGUUUUGGGAGCACGACGACGAGAAUGGCGAAGACUACGAAAACUCAGACUCCGAAGACGAUCUGGACUUUGAUGGUGACUACUAUGCUGUGGACGACGACACAGAUCUAGACGGAGUGCCAAGGCAACAACAGAGGAGAAGGAGCAGUGGCCGGUCGACUCGCAGGAGGAAAGGCAUGAGUUAUUGGACCGCUACCAAAGAUGUGGCAAUCGUCAUGAUCGCUUUGAUUGCUUUGGUGUCUGGAACAUACGCCUCGCUUGUUGACAUUAUAGCGUUUUACGGAGCUGGUGCCGAAGGUGCAAGUGUACAUGGUGCAAACAGCACCUCUAUAGGAACUACUACCAUAGGACCUGGCCCGGAAUCAGCGUUCUUGAUAGCCGAAGUGCCAAAAUAAAAAACGACCAAUUGUUUUACAUUAUACGCGUUCGGUAUUGUAUUAUCAUGACAAUACUUCUAAGUUAACUUUGCAUACAUCAAUUUCACAUGAUUAUAAUAUGUGUAAAUAAUUUUAUUAUCAUUUUUUCCGUAAUUAUUUUUCUCUUUGUAUACUAGUUUUACUUGAAACUAUUUAAACUGUUUAUAUUUCAUAUUUUUUACUAUAUUAACUUUUUUUUAUUUCAAUUUAUAUAUAACAUCAUUUUAGCAGAUAAGAUUUUUAAUCGUGAAAAAAGUGCGUUUUUGUAUUAUUUACCAAUGUUCGACGAUUUUUUAAAUUUAUAUAAUCAUGUAUUUUUUUGGCUAUGUUUAUAUUUUCAUAAACAGUUACAUUUUGAAUGCUAAUAAAGAGCGUUGCUAAAAUACAUUAUACAUUAGUAUACAUUUAAUUUAUUGUUGAAAACCAUUUUAUUUUUAAUUGUUUAAUAUUAUUAUUUUAAGUUUGUCAAUGUUAAACGUACAACAACGAAAAAACGUUGAUUAUUAAUUGCAAUAUUAUGAUUAUAUUAAUUUCACUUUUAAAUAUUUUGUAUUAGUAUAACAAUAUUUUAUUUAAAACUAUUUAUUUUUUUUUUGUGGUAUCAUUACGGUUGAAAUUAUACCAUAAUGUCUAUAAUUAUACAAUUAUCAUUAUUAUUAUUAUUAAUGUCAGCGUUCUAUAUGAUUAUACAUUUUAUUGCUCCUAUUUAGUAUU